GUUGUUGUUGUGGCUCGGGCCUUAUAAAACCUGACAUGCCCCGGAGAUCCAAUCCUUAAGACGAUAUUACUGUUUGGGGCUUGUGCCAGGCGUGUCAUACUCUUCAUUGCAACGAGCUCAUUAACGUAAGAAAUUUUGUGUUCUGCACGUUGAAGUCGUUUAUUGAUAAAACUUUCUUAUUCAUUAUUUCUCAAAUAAUGUAACUAUAUAUAUAUUUUUUUUAAAGAGACUAUUAUUGUUGAAAUUAUUUCGAUCUCGAAAGGUCAAAGUUUAACUACUCUUGUUGGCCAUUUGUGAUUUUAGGCCUUCAAUACGUCGAAGGUUUUUUGUUUUUUGUUUUGAUUUCGGAGUUUUUUGCUCACGGCUGUCAUGAAACGGUGUGGGGUGGGGGUGGGGUGGGGGUGUUCUUGCCAGAGGUUUGGUGGGAAAUAAUAAACUUUUACUAUUUGGAAUCGAAUAAUAUCAACAAUAACAGUCUCUUUUUUUUUAAAUAGAGUAACAUAGAAAAUUCCACACAGACAUAACUAUGCAUAUGAAAACAGCGCACACAGACUAUUGUGAAUAUUCGAAAUUGAACCAAAUUAACAAUAAAAUUAAAGGUUUCAGUUGGGUUGGUUUACAGCUUUUAAAAAGAAAUUGUGGCAAGUAUUAAAGAAUAUAAAAAUUGUAUUUAAUGUUGCAUUAUUCUUUUUUCUACAAAAUGAAACGGCAUCAAAUUUUGCAUACCUGCCGAAAUAUAGUUUUGCAAGUUAAGCAAUAAUUUAUUUAGUGUUAAUUGGAGAAACAAAAAUGUAUAGAAUAUGAAGUUUUGAUAAAAACAUUUUAAAAACAGGAGAUUUAAAAUGGAUUAUAUCUAAACAUUUUUUUUUUAACUCUAAGGUAUAUAAUAUUAUUAGUGAAAUGUGAAAUACUAAUGUGAAUAUUUUAUAUCUAUUUGGCAAUACACAAACACAAAUAUUUUUAAUUAUAUAAUUAUUUUAAAAAAAAACAAGUCUGGUAUAAAAUUUAUCUAAGCUCAAUUAUUGACACCUACAAGACCAGGUAAAUGAAGUAACUUGGCUUUCGGAGGGAGUGGGAUACACUUUAUUAAAAAAAAAAUUAUUUCCCAAUUUCCCUUAGAAAAAUUAAAACAAAUUUCCUUUGAAAAAAAAUUUCAAUUUCGAGCAAAAUUCCAUUCCCAACAACAUAUUCCCACACGAGCGAAAGUCCAUUCUAAUAGACACACGCCGAGAAAAAAUUCCUUUGAACAAAUCUCUUUGGUAUUUACAUCAGGAUACGAGAACAGAUCGUGAUUCAGAGAACACCAUGACGUUUGGGGACUAACUUGUACGCGUCAUCACCGCGGCGUGCCUGCAGCAAUGACAUGUGAUUGGCUUGUGUAGAUCUUUCACUAAGAUUCGCGCUCUUAGCUUUUUCAGAAUGCCCCGGGUUGGAAUCCGGUGCCAGGCCAAAAAAAAAACAACAAAAAAACAAGUCGAAAUAACCGGAUCGUACAAAGUGUCGGAAAAUCUUGCUGCGUAUUAGUUUAGUUGUUUUUUUACCUUAAAAAGAACCCCCCUUAAAGUAUUAGUAACGUUCAAAGGGAAAUAGCGAGGUACAUUUUUGUUCCUUCUUCUUUACAGCACAAGAGACCAAACAAUAUCACGUCUUCUUAACAAGCAUAUUUUUUUUUUCAUCACACUUCCCUCUCACAGUAAAUGUUGUUACCAUAUAUUAGAGACCGACCGAAAGUAAUUUUAUGAUUUCGGGCGAAGUUAAAAAAAUGACUUUCGGCCGAAACCAAAGCCGAAACCGAAAAUGAAAUGUUUAGAUAUUUUGAAAUUCGUUCCCACAUACAUUCUGCAUACAUCGAAAAUGAUGGGGGAAAGUAUAAAUAUUUACAUUCUUUUUUUUAUAAAAAAAUGAGAUAAUCGUGAAUAUUAAUAAAUAAACAUCUAAUAUAACCUCUUGUUCUUAAAGAUCGUUUAGUUUGUUCUUAAAGAUCGCUUAGUUUUUUCUUAAAGAUCGCUUAGUUUGUGUUAUUAAAAGAUCGUUUAGUUUGUUCAUAACGAUCGCUUAGUUUGUUCUUAAAGAUCAUUGAUUUUGUUCUUAAAUAUCUCUUAGUUGUUCUUAAAGACCAUUCAGCUUGAUCUUAAAGAUCAAAUAGUUUGUUUUUAUAGAUCUUUUAGUUUUUUUUAUAAAAAUAGUUUAGUUUGUUCUUAAAUAUCGCUUAUUUUUUUGUUGAAGAUCGCUUAGUUUGUUCUCAAAGAUCGCUUAGUUUGUUCUCAAAGAUCGCUUAGUUUGUUCUUAUAGAUAAUUGAUUUUGUUCCUUAAGAUCGAUUAGUUUGUUCUUAAAGAUCUUUCAGUUUGUUCCUAAAUAACAUUUAGUUUUCUGUUAAAGAUGGCUUAGUUUAUUCUUAUAAAUCAUUUAGUUUACUAUCAAGAUCAUUUUUUUUUGUUCUUAAAGAUCAUUUAGUUCAUUCUUAAAUAUCGUUUAGUUUGUUCUUAAAUGUCGCUUAGUUUGUUAUUAAAUAUCGUUUAGUUUGUUCUCAAAGAUCGCUUAAUUUUUCUUAAAGAUCGCUUUAUUUGUUUUUAAAGAUCACUUUAUUUGUUUUUAAAGAUCGUUUAGUUUGUUCUUAAAGAUCGCUUAAUUUGUUCUUAAAGAUCGUUACUUUGUUCUUAAAUGUCGCAUAUGUUUUUGUAAAAUAUCGCUUUCGCUGAGUAUUAGAUGACCGAAAACCUCAGCCACUUUCGGCCAUCUAAGUCAAUUUCGGCCGAAACCGAAGAAAAACCGAAAGUUAAUUUUUCUUUUUCGGCCGAAUCCGAAGGUAAGCCGAAAGUUAACUUUCAGUUUCGGCCGAAACCGAAACUUGGCAGAAAGUGAUAAAAUGGCCACUUUCGGCUCCGAAACCGAAGCCGAAAUUCGGUCGGUCUCUACCGCAUAUUUUCCACACGUCCAUGUGCCUGCGACAACCUGUGCUACAAGAUAGAUUUAAAACUGUUUUCGCUAUUAAAAAGAGAAGCACUUUGCCAUGUCACCUAUAAUGUUAUGCAUUCUAACUAACCCGGGACUUUAAUUGAUUUGUGAACGUGUUGCUGUCGGGCGUUUAAUUAGUUUUAACAAUUUAUACCUCAUGGGUUCUGAGAGUUUCAAACUGCAGCUUGUAUUUAGAAAGAUGUCGACCAAAAAAUGAUACGUAUUAAAUCCACCAAUAACUCGACAACGUAUGGAAUGACUAAGAGGACAAGGAUACUUAGUUGAUAUUUUUGCUUUAUAUCCUAAAAUGGGUACGUGUUUAAACACAUCCAUACAUAAAUCGAUUAAUGCAAAUUACAGUUUGACUUGAGUCCUUCCACGGCUGGUUUUGAAACACCAUAAUAAAAACGCUUGCAAAAAGCCUGUUCAACCUACUUUGGAAGAAAUGGAAAAAAAAAAAAAGAAAAAUAAGUAUCAAUUUUGACACGAAAUAAGCCAAAACAAAAUAAUAAUGAUAAUAAUAGCAACUUUGACUAUAUCAAGAAAUCAGAUGAAAAGAAAAAGUUUACAGUAUCCUCAGUCUGGACAGGAUGUGGCUCAUUUGUUGGGGGGGAGGGGGGUUUCUGCCCCCCCCCCUAUUUAUUGGUGAUGAAAUAUGAAGUGGGUAGUGUAACGAGUUUGCAAAUAACACCCAGAUGAAGUAUUAAACAAUUCAGGGGUCGAUCAAAGAACAAAGACCAAAGCGAAUGAGACAUAUUUUACUGCUUGCGGAGCUCUGCCUUAUUCAAACUUAGUUACUCUUAGUUACUCUGGUAUAACCAAAUAGUACAUUGUUACGAAUCGGUCAUUACCAGGGCUCGAUGGCUACGUUUUUCUAAGGGCUAUUAUAUUAAUUACACAAACCAAUGCUUCAUAGAAUAAAGUAUAUUUAUUAACACAACUAAACUACAUCUUUAACUUCCAUUACUCCAUCACACAAAAUACUACACAAUAACAAUGCGUAAUUUCAUCUCCCACAAAAUACAUAACAAAAUACUAAGUAUAAUAGAUAAAGCAACACACGUACUCUACUAAACAACACGCAAUCACGAAAUACAUUGAAGUCGUUAACAUACAUAUCAUCUCAGAUUAUUACUAAUGUCACCUGAGAAUAGUACUAAUACCAUCUCAGAAUAGUUAACUCAGUAUUCAAACAGACCGAUGCUUUAACAUUUUUUAUGAUCCAUAUUUUUUUGUAAAUAUGCUAUACACACUAGAGACCGACCGAAUUUCGGCUUCGGCUUCGGUUUCGGCGCCGAAAGUGGCCAUUUUAUCACUUUCGGCCAAGUUUCAGUUUCGGCCGAAACUGAAAAGUUAACUUUCGGCUUAAUUUCGGUUUCGGCCGAAAAAGAAAAGUUAACUUUCGGUUUUUCUUCGGUUUCGGCCGAAAUUGACUUAGACUUUCGGCCAUCCGGCUGAAAGUGACUCAGGUUUUCGGUCAUCUAAUACUCAGCGAAAACGAUAUUUUACAACAAACUAAGUGACAUUUAAGAACAAAUUAAGCGAUCUUUGAGAAUAAACUAAACGAUCUUUAAUAACAAACUAAGCUAUCUUUAACAACAAACUAAGUGAACAAACUAAACGAUCUUAAAGAACAAACUAAACGAUUUUUAAGACCGAACUAAAUGAUCUUUAAGAACAAAACAAAUGAUCUUUAAUAGUAAACUAAAUAAUUUAUAACAAUAAACUAAGCUAUCUUUAACAGAAAACUAAAUGCUCUUUAGGAACAAACUAAAAGAUCUUUAAGAACAAACUAAUCGAUCUUAAGGAAAAAAAUCAAUUAUCUUUAAAAACAAACUAAGGGAUCUUUAUGAAAAAACUAAGCGAUCUUUAAUAACAAACUAAGCUAUCUUUAACAACAAACUAAGUGAACAAACUAAACGAUCUUUAAGAAAAAAAUAAAGCGAUCUCUGAGAACAAAAUAAACGGUCUUUAACAACAACUAAGCGAUAUUUUUGAACAAACUAAGCGAUCAAUAACAAGCAACUAACGAUCUUUAACAACAAACUAAACCAUCAUUAAAAACAAUUAAAGCGACCUUUCAGAACAAAUUAAGCGAUCGUUUAGAACCAUAUCAGAACAACAAUUUUUAGAGACCCGAUUUAAAAAAAUAUUUUGCAUUAAUUUUGCCCCCCCCCACCCCAUUUUUGCCAAAUUUUCUCCUACCAUACUAAUUAAAAAAAAUUGUAAAGCAAUUUAAAUUAAUUUUAUAUUAAAAUGGUAAAAUCCAAAGUAUUCAUUAGAUCAAGGGUCCCAAACUCAAAUCAUCAGGGGGCCGCAGGAGUUAGUGUCUGAAUGAGAGCAGGCCGCAUCAAGUAAUCCACAAAAAAGCGAUUACACCUGUUACAAUCUGCUCAACCUUUAUAAAUAACAAUAAAAUCUUUAAGGGUUCUCAAGAAAUAGGAUUCACUUUCAUCCACCUACUCACUGUUGCAUACAAAAAUAUAUAGAAACAUUUUUUUUUAAAUUUAGAAUUAGACUAGUCGGUAAGAUUAGUCUGAAACCGUCGCGGAGCGUCACGUUAUAGAUAUGAGAAUGGGGGAAACGGGAUGGCGCAUUUACACUAAACUUUUCUGUCAAGUAGCGGGCCGCAAAAUAUCGUCUUGCGGGUCACAAAUGGCUCGUGGGCCGCGAGUUUGAGACCCCUAUAUUAGAUGUUUAUUUAUUAAUAUUCACGAUUAUGCCAUUUUUUAUAAAAAGAAUGUAAAUAUUUAUACUUUCCCACAUCAUUUUCGAUGUAUGCAGAAUGUAUGCGGGAAUGAAUUUCAAAAUAUCUUAAUAUUUUAUUUUUGGUUUCGGCUUCGGUUUCGGCUUCGGUUUCGGCCGAAAUUCAUUUUUAACUUUCGACCUUUUUUCGGUUUCGGCCGAAAGUCAUUUUUAAACUUUCGGUAUUUUUUCGGUUUCGGCCGAAAGUCAUUUUAAACUGUCGGCUUAUUUUCGGCUUCGGCCGAAAUCAGAAAAUCACUUUCGGUCGGCCUCUAAUACACACCUGUGUUCUAUUGCUACUUACAUACAACCCCGUGCUAUUAUCAAUAUAAUCCAAAGUUUAAAAAAAAAAUUAAAAAUAUAAAAUUUCUUUCUUUAUUCCUAGCUGAAAAAAAAAAUAUUCAAAAAGUUAUAACCACUAAAGCGCAACAGUAUUUUAAAUAAAAUGAAAACGCCACAUGUAUGAAAUGGUAAAUUUAUCCACAAAAAAUGCACCUAGAAAUACAAAAUAAUAAAGGUGUAUACAUAAUUAUUAAUAUUUAUUUAGGGUUUCUUUGUCACUGAAAUUUCAAUCAAUUCGUUUUAUCUUAAGAUAUAAAAGUUUAAAUGAUUUUUUCGUUCACCUUGACGUCAGAAGAAUUAAUAAGGGAUUUUAAAAGAAAUAUAUUGCACUCUGGAUGGUGCCACUUAACACCUUCAGUUUAGGUAACUCUUCUAGCAACAAAAAGGACAGGAAUUUUGAGAAACCUCAGUAAAACAAAUGUUUAAAUUUGAUGUGGUAAAAUUCACAUUAGCGAAAAAGAUUUUACUUUUUUAAAAUCCUUUUAGUUUAACUCCAAGUUAACUCUUAUCAUUUUGUAUGAAUUCUAUCAUCGAUACAGGCCCCUUAAUCUCUUUUGCUUCAUUUUUGUUGCAGGCUCGUAAAUGGCCAAGGGCGAAUUAGUCCUGUUUCUGCUUUUGUUAGCCGUGGGAGCUAAUAAGGCGUGAGUAACUGUAGUUAAUACUUUUUGUUGUUGCUUAUUGCGUCAAAUAGCAAACUUGUAAGUUCCACCAAUAAGAACAUCCUAGACAGCCAUCUUGACUAACUGCACCAUAUCCUAGAAAGUUUUGAGUCCCGUAGAAUUACCAUCUCUCAAAGUUUGGGGAUCCUUGAUUUACCGAUUUAAAAAAAAAAAUAUGUGUAUUUAAUUUAUAAGCAUUCUCCGAUUACAAAAAAAAAAAAAAAAAAAAAAAAAAAAAACAAAAAAAAAAAUAUGUAUUUUUAAUUUAAAAACAUUCUCCAAUUAAAAAAAAAAAAAAAAAAAAAAAAAAAAAAAAAACUGUUCUAGGAAGUAAAUUUAUUGACACCCAACUUCCAUAUAUUAUUCCAGUUACUUCAUCUAACAUUAGAUCUAACAUUUGAUGUGACCUAAAUAAAACAUUAUUGACGCGGGCGUUUCGAUAAUUACAUUAUUCUUGUCACCCUAUCCUUAUUAUUGCUCUUCCCUGGCAAUAACAAUAAAUAAAAAUGUUAAGAACAGCAUAAGAUAAGGAUUUUGAAUGAGCAAAAAAAAAAGUAUUUUCUCCACAUUUAACCUUGGUUGAGCGAUGUUAUAAAGUCAACGAUGAUUAUGUUGAGAAUCGCGAUUGUUCUACAUUCUGAAAGCUGGCCAUAAUUUGAAUGAUAUUCUUUGUUAAACAAGAAUACGCAUUGAAUAUCCGAAAUCAGAGGCGCGAUACUUGACACGGUGUUGCUUUAAAAGUUGAAACUUGAUUCUGGGUUUUGUUCGAAUACUUUGUAUUCGAAAAUAUUGGUUCAUCAAUCGAAUCGAGCGAGAUCAUUUUAAUCAUCCGUGUUUUGUUUUGCGGGGGCGGAAUCUUUCUGUGGGUGCGCAGAUGGCUGAUUAGGCGUAAGGGAUUGAUGGGGCAUCUCCAGGGGGCAGUAGAUGCAAGGGAUUGAUGGGACAACUCCAGGUGUAUUUGGUGCAAGGGAUUGAUGGGAAAUCUUCAGGUGUAUUAGGUGCAAGAGAUUGAUGGGACAUCUUCAGGUAAAAUAGGUGCAAGGGUUUUGAUGGGACGUCUCCAGGUGUAUUAGGUGCAAGGGAUUGAUGGGACAUCUCCACGUGAAAUAGGUGCAAGGGAUUGAUGGGACAUCUCCAGGUGUGUUAGGUGCAAGGGAUUGAUGGGACAUCUCCAGGUGAAGUAGGUGCAAGGGAUUGAUGGGACUCUCCAGGUGUAUUAGGUUCAAGAGAUUGAUGGGACAUCUCCAGGUGAAAUAGGUCCAAGGGAUUGAUGGGAUAAUUCCACGUGAAGUAGUUGCAAGGGAUUGAUUGGACAUCUCCAGGUGAAAUAGGUGCAAGGGAUUGAUAGGACAUCUUCAGGUGUAGUAGGUGCAAGGGAUUGAUGGGACAUCUCCAGGUGAAGUAGGUGCAAGGGAUUGAUGGGGCAUCUGCAGGUGAAGUAGGUGCUAGGGAUUGAUGGGACAUCUCAGGUGCAAAGUUAAUCCAUUUUUAUUUUAUUUUUUUUUCGCUCUACUGCAGACGGUCUCCUGGCUUUUUAUUGCAUGGCGCUAUAAAAUGUAUAACCAACUUAUUUGAGAAGCUGACCAUCUGUGUGACUUAUGCCAGCUUCAAAACUAUAGUGGCACAAUAAUUUGUAAGGGAUCAAAGGGAAAAUAUUUAAAAAAAAAAAAAGCAAUCGAGUUUUUUUCCCAUUUUUCUUGGGAAAAAUCAACUGGAAAUUAUUUUUUCAACCAAAAAACAUAUACGUCAUUCCCCCCCCCCUUUUUUUUUUUUUUUUUUUUUUGUUUUUUAAAAAAAAAAAAAAGCAAUCGAGUUUUUUUCCCAUUUUUCUUGGGAAAAAUCAACUGGAAAUUAUUUUUUCAACCAAAAAACAUAUACGUCAUUCCCCCCCCCCUUUUUUUUUUGUUUUGUUUUGGGUUUAUAAGUCUCGAAUCAGUUAAAACAAAUACGACUUAUUUUGACCAGACCACAAAAUAGUUGAUAUAUGUAGAAUUUUAAAUUCUUUUGUGAUAUCUUUAUUUUAUUUUUAAUUUUGUCAUUUUGACAUACAUAUAAUAGGCUCCCUUAAAAUAUCUAUUGGUCGGGACUCCUUUUUGUUACAAUUCAACGUUUUGCGAGAGGAAAGGCGUGGAAAGGAGUGCUUAAAAUAACCUACAUGUACGUGAAUGUCCAGUAUGAUGUUUGAAAUGGUAAACAAAAAUCCUGUGCCGCUGCUUGAUUCAUUCACAGACAAAACAGUUAUUUCAUAACUUUCCCGAAAACGUUGAUCCCUGGGUCAAACCUUGACAUCAGCAUUGACAUCCUGAAGGACAACAUCACCGUGCCGGUGGAGGCCACGAUUGAGCGUAGCUUUUAUAACCUCAGCACCUAUGAGUAUGACAUAAUCCCUUUACAGACAGUCUCUGGAAAUUUCUACAAAGGUAACCGCCCAUUACAGAACGGCCUGCUUACAAUCAUUUUAUGAAUGUCCCUUGGUCAUAGGCAAAGUGUGCGCUUGGUUGGUUUCCUAGAAAGAGUUCAAACGAAUCCAUCUGUCCCUAUGGCGCCCCGGCCCAUGUUGGUCUUUUGCCUGCCUCCCCACAUCCUUCCACUCAGACAUAACUGGUGAUUUUAUUUUCCAUUCUUGGGUUUCCAGCGGCUGUAGAUCCCUCUCCAUACCAUCCGUCAGUCUUAGCCUAGGUCUGUCUUUGAGCCGUUUUCCUCUGUUUUUUUUUCCACUCCACUCUUCCUAAGUGUCCUUUCCAGCGUAGCCUGCAAUGUUUUUAUUUCCAUUACUAAUGUGGGAUCCUGAUACAGAAUAUACAAUUUCUGGUCAGUUAGUAUUCUUCAUCCCUAUGCAUCCAUUGUUGGUCGGUAUAUUAUCUUGAAAAGUUUUUUAAAAGUUCUUUUAGGGUAAUACUGUUAGAACUCUUGAUUAAAAAUAAAAUCUUGAAAUUUUAGUAAAUUUGAACGAAUAAAUGAUACAAUAUUUUCCAAAACCACGAACAACAUUGUCUUUUAUUGACGUCUCUAACUUCGUUUUGUUUUAAUUUUUAUUCUAAAAUAAUUUGUAACUUUUCUCUUUGUUUACAGGGGAGACCGGAACCCUGUCACUGCCGGUAGGUGCACCUAAAUAUUCUUUGCCUUCAUCAUGUCUACUUUUCAUAUUGUUGUAAUACGAUAUUGUUUUUUAUAAAGGGUAAGAUGUCGAUAAUUAUGAAGGAUUUGCAAAAAAAAAAAAAAUGUUUCUUGUGUUCACGAGAUUAUUCAGGGUGGAAGAAACGCGUUUCGGGCCAUAGGAAGUGCCUGGACCCGGAGAUCUACUUUUACAAAAUUCGUAUUUUCCUAUUUUGUUCUAUAAAAAAAAUGCUUUUUUGUUGGUCAUGAAAAAUACAUUCAUUUAAGUAUCCAUUAAAUUUACAUAAUAUAUGUAUUUUAUAUAAUAUAUUUAAUGUAAAUUUAAUUCCAAACCAUGCGUAUAUCCUCCUUAAAAUGAAAUAAAAGAAUAAGUAUGGGCUCAAGCCCCUGACAGAAACAACGUCCCGGAGAACUGAAAGAAAGGGGGUGGACGUAAAAUUAAAGGACCGAUCAAGAAAAAAACAUUGGAGCAAUGUAAAAUUGUGAAUUUGGUUCAUUACGAAUGGAGUAACGUACCAAACCUUGAUAUUAAUAUUUUUUUCAUAUACGUUCUACAAGUUGUAUUAUUUGCAUGCACUAUACCAGUAACUGCAAUGUCUAAUAUUCCAUCAUGGUUAGCCCUGUUGAAAUGUUUGGAAACUGGACAAAGGGCCUAUCCAUUGAUGUUACACAGGUGUUUUCUAAAACGGUCUCCAAGGCUACGACUUGUCUCUCCCACGUACGAUUUUCCGCACGUUUAAAAGGAUGGUGUAAAUCACGCUGCGAUUCGAUGAAAGUAAAACCAUCUUUUACUCUGAAUAUUUUCAGAGUGAACUUGAUCUUUUCAACUUACUUUUGUUACAAUGGCUACGGUUGCAUCUUUUUGUGCAUACAAUGUGCUUUAAUAGCAGUGAGGUGGCCUUUAAGAAACAUGUCUUUAAGGCUCCGGAAAGCGAAAUGGGAAGCUAUUUCUGAAAAUCUCAUUGGUUAUAGGGUCUGCUAAACAGAAUGGACCGGUUUAUGAGAAAGAGAUAGCGGGCUAUAAGGUUAUGUGGAGGAGAAGUUAAAAUUGAAUUUAGACUUAUCCCCAAAUGUAAGAAUGAGUUGCUUUAAACCAGACCUGCACAACUCAAAAUAUAAGGCGGGCCGUAAUACUUCAUGAAAAACUUGCGCGGGCCAAAAUACUUUAUGAAAAUCUUGUGCGGGCAGAAAGAAGAUAGGACAGGGGGGGGGAAGAUAUUAAGAAAAUAAUAAUAAUAAUAAUAUAAACUAUUUCCUUACUUUUGCGGGCCGCAAAGUGGGUGCUGGCGGGCCACAAAGUUGGUGCUGGCUGUCCGCUAAGUGGGUGCUAGUGGGCCACAUGUGGCCCGCAGGCCGUAUGUUGUGCAGGCCUGCUUUAAACGAAUCAUGUCUGGUCAUACCUUUAAUUCGAGUGAGCACCGCUUUUAAGCCUGAUAGCAUUAAAAGUUGUUCCCAAAGAGCGUGUUGAAUGAGAGAAAAUAGAGAUAUGACUUGAAUGGCUACAACAAAUUUAACAAUGCCACCAUCGAUGGUUCCUUGUUGUGAACUACAUUGUUGUGAAUGUUUGGUAGUGGAAGUUGUUGAUCGUGUGUGUUUUGUAAGUUGUUGAUCAUGAGGUCAGCGCGUGAAGUUGGUUCGUGGUGUUGAGCUUUAGUGUAUGCUGAAUUUUUUUGUUGGGAUGUGAAAGGGCAGUGGGUUAGUUAGUCGUGAGAUGAGCCGAGAAUCUAAGAGUAAAGAGAAGCGAGAUUGUCGAGAGUUGUGGGAGUCCCGAGUAGAUCGUUAGAGUAGUCAAGAGGAGACAGGUAGACUCCUGUUUGGCUGCAUCAACACCCACCAAAGGUAUGGAGUCAUUAUCAGAAUCGACAAACACAGUCAGCUUGUUUUUAUAACUUACUAUUUGUUGGACACCAGUUCUGUGUCCAGCCACCACAGCAGUGUUUUCUUAGUACCGUGCUCGACAAUUUUCUAGCCCCAUUUCAUCUUUCUCUCGCUGGUUCAAGAUGUCUACCUAUGCUUCUCAGUAAAUUUUAGCUACCAGUUGAUCCCAUCAGGAGGAUGAAUUCAUUCAGCACACAAGCUUGAUCUAGCGUGGUCCUUCAAAUAAGUUAAAUACUCUUUCAUGAGAGUGUCAAAACUUCAAGUAGUUUUAAUAAGCCAAGAUAUUGGAGCCAUGAUCCCCUUGCUCAAGUGGUUCUAUAUCCACGCAAAGCUAUUUUCGAGCUGCAAGAAACUUCAUGCAGUGGAGGAUUAUUGUUAAGCUUUUCGUUUUCAAUCUGUAAUUAAAAGUUCCAUAUCAAAAACUCUAUUUCCCACUUGAUUUCUCUCCAUUUUUGUAGGGUGGCACCCCAUAACCACUUCAACGAAAUGAAACUCAUUGUGGUCCCUCAGAUCAGACGACCUAAAAUGCGGGUUUGGCGACCUUCAGGUGGCGUCCAGGGCAUCUGCCCUAACUGUCAUGCCCUUUGAAUUCAACGUAUACAGGCAAACAUACCCCCGCGCUUCAGCUUUCCGAUCAGUGGUGGAAAAUGAAACGCCAGCAUCAGAGCUUCUCAUGUCGGACUUCUAGGUCCCCACUUAAACAGGCUUUACCACUAAAGGGAUGCGAACUGCCGGCAUUCCACACUGGUAUCAGAAACGGUUGUACGCCUGUUAAAUUCAUUCCCCAAACUUGAUCUUAAUUGGAGAGGUCAGGGCGGUGUGGGAGUCCUAGUGUGUUUUCGUGAAAGCUCACCUCCACUAACCCCCCCCCCCCCUUAAUAAAAUAAAAAAAAAUUAUUGGAUAUGAAAUCAAAUACAUUUUAUUUUCGGUAAAUUUGGAAAAAGGAAAAGGAUGACGUUAUCUUAAGCUAUUUCAAACUUAGAAUGUAAAAAAAAAAAAAAAAAAAAAGUAAUAAUAAGACACUUGAUACCUAAAGAAUAAACUCAGAUUGAAGUUUUCUAUAUUCCCAUUUUCUAAAAAGAGGUCGGCAUAUUGACUUUUCCGUACUUAACCCGGCCAGCUGAUUUUUCGGCUUUGGUUAAAAACCAUGGAACUGUGUUAACAUCUGUGACUCUGGGUUUUAUAACGGCACACCUUUUCUUCCCGUCAAAACAAAAGGAAGUUGAGGACGUAAGAAGAUUUUCUAUUCAAAUUAUUUUAGAUUUAAAGCGAGCGAGUUUAAAAAAAAAAUAGCAAAACCACAAAACUAACUUGCUCCGACGUCUAUGUCAAAGCAGAGGUGUAGCUAAGGUGGGCAGGGGGCACAAAUGUCCAUGGGUGCCAGACUAGUUCGGGGCGCUAAAAUGUGCUUUGAUAUUAUUUUAUUGAUAAAAAUAAUGGGUUUCAGAGUUUAAAAAAGAAAGGGAGGCUCAUUUAAAUGAAUCUUGUCCCCGGGUGCCAAACACUCUAGCUACGCCUCUGUAUCAAGGGACUAUCAGCCGAUGGACCCCUCUCCGGCCAUAACUCUGAUGACUAGUGGCUUGCCGUUGUCUUUUCGUCAUAUAUCAGAUUAAGCCCGACAUUGAAUGCCAGUAUUGCACGCUUAGAAUCAGAGGGCGCGGCGCCUUGCAGUUUGAGGACAGCGCUUAUGUGGACGUGAACAGCCAGACGGUGUCUGUUUUAAUACAGACGGACAAGGCCAUCUACAGACCAUCACAGACAGGUAUGAAUAAUCUUUACCGUAUGCUGUUCAUGUGUCAUGGGCGAUUCAAACAGGGGUGGCAGGGUGGGUGGGAACUACCUCUAAUAUAAGCCUAUAAUACAAUAAUUUUAGAUUCAAGGAUCAUUGAGUUUUCUUUACAAACUUAUUCAUGCAGUGCAUAAAAAUAAAUUGUAUAAUUCCUUUGGUUUCUGUUAAAGAAAUUAAUUUUCACAAAAUAGUCACAGACUUCCUUUUUUAUAGUAUACAAUCGCGUAUGUGUCGUGCGUUUUGAAACAAAGAAAUUCGAUAACAAUUAGUUGUAUGACUCACUCAUUCAACAUCAAUUUUGAUUAAUGAUAUUCCGUGUGGAGUGGUCAUUUAUACGAACAGUCGGAGAAUCUUUUUUUGAUCACUUUCUCGCAUUUAAAUUUUAGCAGAGGGCAAUACGUUUUUAAAUUUUUUUUUAUUAAAGAUCAAGUACUUUCUUACGACUGCUUUUAAGUUUCUAAGUUGCGCCCUAUUUGCGUGGAAACCGCAAAAAAAAAUACUCUGACAACCCGAAACUAAAGGUGUGACCCCGUCCCUGGUGUUCGACCUAUGCGUGAAUAUAUUCGGUACAUACCAAUGUAAAAUUAAAUGAAAUAUGUAUAUAUAUAUAUAUAUAUAUANUAUAUAUAUAUAUAUAUAUAUAUAUAAAUUUUGCAAGUAAUAUUAUACGUAAACCAAUGAACGUUAAAUCACGUGACAUAUAUUAUGUUUUCUAUUUGUCAGUACUAUACAGGGCGCUGGCCGUUUACACAGAUCUCACGUUGUACAAGGGACAAUUUAACAUAGAAAUCAGAGUGAGUCUCAAUGUUAAAAUAUUUGGCUAGUUUAUUUCGAUUAAAGACAUUCUGAGCAAAUUAUCUCUUUUUAAAAAAAAACUUAUUUUGCAAAAGGAAUUUAAAGGAGUUUUACGGAUUCUCUAGUUAAAUAUCUGCAUUAUAUUUAUUUCAGAAGGAUUCAAGUAUUAACAUUUUUUAUAUAUCAUAUUACAAAGAAGAGAUUCAAAUGAUUCUGGACCAAUUUACAUUAAAUUAAAACAAAAAACGAGAUUUAAGCGAGAGCUAUGAAAGAAUAAAUAUUAAUUUCCUUACCCAAGUAAACAAAAUAGUAGUACAAGGUAUGAUGAAGCUUGAAAAAAAAAACUCCAAAAGACAGGACAAUAGAAGAAGAACGUGUCGACGACGACGAGGAAAACAUGAAGAAACAAGAAAGAAAAAGUAGUAAAAUACUUUUUAAAAAAAAUGUAACAACAAGUUUGAGACAGGUACAAGCACACAGUAGCAGUCAGGUGUGGAAGAAUGAAGGAUAAUAAAUGAAGGACUGCGCUCAGUAAAAAUCUGACUUUUUCCAAAAAAAUAAUUCUGGAUGACGGGUUAAAAAAAAUAGGACCCAUAUGUACACAUUUAGACCUAUAUUUUUGCCUGCAUUUUAAGCUACAGAAAAACGAAGACAACGUAUCCAAUUAUAAUUUCAACGGCUUAAACGUUUUUAAGAAGCAUAUUUUCUGUGUGCAGUAAUACGCAUCGUGUAUGUUAUAUUCGUACAGAUCCUUUUUCAUUUAACAGCUAGCUACACAGCUUUAACAUGAAUUUUUUUCACUUUUUUUUUACAAUGUUUCUUCUCUAAAUUAAGGGGAAAGAUUCAGAAUUAUCCAGUUUAAAUUAAAGGGAGAAAAAUAUGAACUCGGAAUAAACACACUUUUCCUCUAUAGAUCAUGGACUUGAGCUACACAAGCAGACAGAAAUUAAAUUGGUUGAACAAAUCUAUAAAACUUAUAACUGUAAUGUGUAUUGAAAGACAGAGACAACCUCAGAUGGUUUAGAUUUAUCGUUAGAGUAAAACUUUUGAGUUUUAUCCUCAGGACCCAAAUCAAAACAAAAUCAAAGUACUUCUUGGUUUGGAAGGAGCGUCGGGUGUGGUUGAAGGAAGCUUCGAUCUAAGCGAUCAGACUCUCCUUGGCACCUGGUCUGUAACAGUAACUCUGGAGGUAGGUCUUAAACGCAUCGUUUUCAUGAAACUAUUUCUAAAUAGUAUUGGUGGUUUUCCUUAAGAAUGACUUUUGACAUCUAAUCAUUAAAAGAAUACAAUAUCAUGUUAACAAAAUGCAUUAUUCAGACAAUUCAACUCCACCAGUUUAACGUUUACAAUUUAAUAGUCUUCCCUUGGUGCCUGAAAAAAAAAAACUUAAUUAGAUUGGUGCAACGAAAUAAAUUAUUCAGAGACGCUAGCCACAGUGUUCGUUGUAAAGCAGUCGUGAUAGUAUUUUAAAAUUUCUAAAGAAUGGCCAAUACUUUGGAUGCUAUAGUUUGACCGUGUCGUGUCAUACAGUAGUGGACCAACGCUAUAUUUAACAUAUAAAAAAAUUCUAAAUUAACAACUUAUUAUUGCUGAGGCCAUUUUUAUUCCUAUUGCAAAUGAAUACCAUUUAAAUGAUAAAAGACAGGUUUAGCCCAAUUUUACUGCUUAAAAAUGUUUGCGUUUAUACAUUGCGCCAUAUUCCUUAUUAUCUCAUAGUUCAUAAACAUGUUUACCGCUUAUUUCUUAAAAAAAAAACUUUGGCAGAGUUUUAGUGACAGCCAAACUCAAGUAUUUGAAGUUGCCGAUUAUGGUAAGUAAGUUUUUUUUUCAGAAAAUUAAAAUAAAAUAGUUAAAUAUUUUUUAAAUGCUUUUAAUCAAUGCGUGUAAAUAAGUUUUAUAAAAAAAAGUGAAAAAAACCAACAAUAAAACAAAACAAAUAUUAAAUCUUUUACCGUGUUUUAGGAUGAAAAUUUUAGGAAUUCCAUUUUGGGGUCUGUUUUAGAAAAAAAAGAAAGAUUUUUAGGAUUCAUGAAACUUAUAAUCCAGAUAUCCGGAUUUAGUCCAAGUCUACGAAGAUUAUUUCAUCUUGUGGUAUAUAACCAAUAAACAAUGUCAGCAUGGUAUAAUUUGCAUACAGAUUCAAUUUCUUUGUUAGAAAUACUGUUAGAAAAUUGUAAUGAAAAUACGAUGGUUUUUAAAGUUUAAAGUAAACACACAACUUAAUAUGUAUAUAACGAGUUACAACUUAACCAUGUUAUGAAACAUAACUUUUAACUAACUGUUACUAGGUACCUAAAAAAAAAACAACUAUUGAUUUAAAAACAAUAUAUAUUAAUCUUUAUAUAAAAAAUAAACUCCUUUUUUAAAAAUAUUAAUUAUAAUCAUCACACCCCUUAAAAUCAGUAGAAGAAAUAUGAAUCAAAAUCUGUGUUUUAGAAAUGUUUUAGCUUAGUCGCUCAUCUUUGGCCGUCGGGCAGCAUCCCAGUGGCUGAAAUUAGGCUGAAAUAAGUUUGUUAGUCCGUUGUAAGAGUUCUUUUCAUAGAAGAUUCAAAUAGUUUUUUUUUUUAAACUUGAUUUCUUAAUGAAAAUACCAAAUACCGAUUCCACAGUAAACAUAACGAAAAUUCGGAUUUUUUCUAACACCUGUUCGGCCUGUAUAUCCGGUCUGCAUAUUCGGCCUGUAUAUCCGGCCUCCAUAUUCGGCCUGCAUAUCCGGCCUGCAUAUUCGGCCUGCAUAUUCGGCCUGCAUAUUCGGCCUGCAUAUUCGGCCUGCAUAUUCGGCCAGCAUAUUCGGCCUGUAUAUCUAGUCUGCAUAUUCGGCCUGUAUAUUCGGCCUGUAUAUCCGGCCUGUAUAUCCUGUCUGUAUAUACGGUUUGUAUAUGGGGUUUGUAUAUUUGACCUGUAUAUCCGAUCUGUAUAUUCGGCCUGUAUAUCCGAUUUGUAUAUUCGGCCUGUAUAUCCAAUCUGUAUAUUCGGCUUGUAUAUCGGCAUAAUCCCUAAAUCAUGUCGUCAAUAAAGAUACCGAACUAGUUUCUGUGAAUAACUUUAAGAUUUGGUAUUGUUCGUAUUCAGAUUUACCCAUGUUUGAGGUGACAGUUGAGUUGCCUCCCUACGGCCUCGUGGAUGACACUGUUCUAACUGGGAAAGUAAAGGCAAAGUAAGUGAGGCAGUUCUUCAAUUGUGUGGUUUUGCAUCAAACAUGUGCUAAAAACAAAAUCGUAUUUAAAUUUUGAUUUUUAUUUUUUUAAAAUUUUUUUAAUUUAAUGGAUUUAAAAAAAAGAAAAGAAGAAUUUCCUUUGACAUUUCUAACAUUCAGGGACUUAGAUCUAACACUGGUAUAAACAUUAAAAUAAUGUCCAGUUACCUCCCUUAAAUAGCGGUCCCCCGGCCCAACAAAAGGAGAAACAAAUUAUUUAGAGCGGGCUGAAGCCAGUUGUAAAAUAACAUGCCAAAAGAUGAAAUCACCACGUGACAGAGCCAACAAACUGAGAAAAUAUAAUGGUUCUUUACAAACAAAUCUAAAUGAUAAUAAUUUAUUUUUUUGUGCCCCCCCCCCCCCCCACACCCCUAAAAUAACAAGCCAAAAAAUGAAAUCACCCCGUGAAAAGGCCAACAAACUGAGAAAAUAUAAUGGUUCUUUACAAACAAAUCUAAAUGAUAAUAAUUUAUUUUUUUGUGCCCCCCCCCCCCCACAAUUCCCUGCAUCCACCCCCAUGAAGUAACUAGCAUUUGGCCUACAAUUUGGUGUUACCUCGACCUGCCUAAAACUGUAUGGGAUUCAUAAUUAGACACACACUUUUCACCGUGUAACACGAUGAGCUUUGAUGAUCAUCUCCCAGGUACACAUUUGGCCAGCCCGUAAUCGGGAUGGUAGAGCUUCACGUCGGACAAAAUGUUCUGCUGCGGCCUGAUACUUGCGUGGACAGCGCGGUUAAGACAACGCAGAUAUCAUUUGAGGUAGUAAUAAAUAAAUAUAUAAAAAGACUGCAACAGCUCCAGUUUUACAUAUCUGGCCACUUGUUGUUUCUUUUUACUCUAUCACGGCAACGGUGCUGCCCUGAUCGGUCGGCAGGGAACCAUUACCUCAAUCCAGGAGGUUUACAAUGUUCCAAUUUUAACCUGGAGACUUAAAGUUUUCACAUUUCAAACCAAGAAAUUCUCAACGUUAAACCAGGACAUUGGUAAUUUUCAAAUUUCAACCAGGACAUUUACAAUUCUCAAAUUUAAACCAGGACAUUUACAAUUCUCAAACUUUAACCAUGACAUUGACAUUUUUCAAAUUUAAACAAAGACGUUUACCAUCUUCAAAUUUAUAUCAGGACAAUGAAACUUUUCAAAUUUAAAUCAAGAAAUUUACAAGUUUCCCGUUUCAAGCAAAAUAAUUACAAUUUUGAAAUUUAAACAGGGCAUUUAGCAAUUUUAAAUUUAAACUAGAACAUGUAGAAUUUUCAAAUUUGAGCAUUACAUUAACAGUUGUAAAGAUUAAACCAGGAGAUUUAGACAUUUCAAAUUUAACCAGGACAUUUACAAUGUUGAAACUGAAACCACGACAAAUUUAAACCAAGACUUUUAACAUUUUUAAAUUUAAACCAGGACAUUUACAAUUCUCAAGUUUAAACCAGGACAAGUACAUUGUUUUUCAAAUUUAAACCAGAACAUUAACAAUUUAAAAAAAAUUAGAAUAUUCACAUUUAACUAGGACAUUUAAACGUUUCAAUUUCACCAAAAAUUAGCAAUUUUUAAAAUUUAAGCUGGACAUUUGAAAUCGUGUAGACCCCAUGGCUGUCCAUAAAUAAACUUUUUGUAGCUACACGGUAAAACACUUUAGCUUGUGAGUCAUAUUUAUGAAAAUUUAUUAUAGUGAUGCGACUUUAGAUGAAUUGUAUACAUUUUUAGUGUUAUUUAUCUAUGCAUGGAAAUAAGAUAUUUUUGAUCUUUUGAUCAAUGAAUACAAUUUGAUUUCGUAGUAUUUAACAGUAUUGGCUGUAGCUUAAGACAGGACCAAUGGUAAAAAGAAAUAUUAAAAAAAUAAAUCAUUAAUCUACUGGUAAGGCAUUACGAACCAUCCCUUAACCCAAAAAAUAGCCCCGAUAAUUAUUUCUAAUAACCUAUCGAAUUUAUAAAAACAAAGGGAGUUUCAAAGCUAGUUAUAAAACUAAUCGGUGGCCAAUUAUCAGCACUGACCAAUGGAAAGAGGACGAUUAACACUGCAAAUCUGUAACACUAAGACGAGGGUUUACACGUUAAAUAAUUAGAAUGACUCCGUUGCACAAAUAGUCAAAAUCAAAUGGUGUGUUGUAUAUGUUCCCCCAGGUCAAUGGAGAAAGCUCAUUUACGAUUCCCAAAGAAGACUUACAAAGGUCUGUGAAUGUCUUUGAUGGAUCAGAUAUCAGGGUAACCGCUUUUGUCACCGAGACCACUACAGGUGAAUAUUAUUUUAAACAAUUAUUCUAUGACUGUUCACGCCUGUAAACGGGUCAGGCUUGGGUAAAGAUGUUCUUGUAGACAAAGGUUUUAGUUUAGAGAUGCAUGGUAAAAACGACACUGCAUACACAAAUUAUCUUCUAAUUUAAAACAUUCAACGUGCCACAAUUAGCGAUUCAGUCUUCACGGAUUGAAAGGAAAUUCACAUUGGGAAAACCUGGCUUCAUGAUCUGAACAUUGAGCUACAAUGAAAUUGAGAUGUUUUUAGAAAACAUAAGUUUGUAUUUCUAUUUUUACCUUAAAGUUUGUUGUUUCUAGUUUUGUCUUGUCUGCUGAAGAAGACAUCUAGCCGAAAAGUGCGUUUAAUUGUCCUGUCAUUUUUUUUCAAGCCUCAAAAUAUCUUGUUUCACUAUCUAUUUGUGAAAAUUGCCAAAUGUAAUGUAUAAAUAGUUUUUAAAAUCCAGAUUUCCAGCUUUAUUUAUUAAGUUUUCUUUCACUAGAGAAAAUAAAAUAUUGAAAUAUUUGGGGAGGGUUAAUGCCACUUUUUUGAGAAUUGCAUUUGAAGACUUAGAAAUCAAUUACAAUUUGAGUGCAUAAUUUCCUCAUCACCACCAGUAACAGAAACAUUGCAAAUCCCAUCUACAUGCAUAGGAGCCAAAAUGAUCAAUAAAUUGAUCGUGGGCCCUUAAGAUAUAGAAGAAGAAGAAGAAGACCCUUUUUUAGACCCGUUUUAAGAGUCAUUUUCAAAAUAUUCACAUGACGAAAAAUCAUAUUGGAAAAUAAAACUGUGCAUUUUUCUUAUCAAACAUUUUUGCGUGUUCCUCUAAUUUUCUUAAUUUUUUUUUUUUUUUGCAUUUUAUUAUAAAAAAACAACAUGCACCAACGUAUCUCAUUACUUCUUUAAAGUUAACCAUAUGCAUUGUAAAGUGGUGGUCAGAGGUUGGAGCAGUAGUAGUAUGACAUGAAUGACAAGCCAGACGAGCAUACAUAUUUGUGUAUAAGUUAUAGCAUACCACAAUGGCCAGAGAAAGUUUGCGUGUUUGAGGAAAGUUAAAUUUUAAGGAAAAUCAUAAUUUGGUGGUAAGCUUUCUUAGCCAUGGUAUUGCAGACUUUGUCGACGUAGCUGCUAACAUUAAGUUGUUUUGGAAUGAUUGCACAUGAUUGUAUUGAUAAUUUUCAUUGUGGAUAAUCCAGGCAUCAGACUGAACGGUUCCAGCGUGGUGAAAUUUUACCGAAACGAAUUUCAAGUCAAGUUUUUAGAUAAAACACCAAAUGUUUUCAAACCCGGACUCCCGUACACCGCAUUUGUAAGUAGGAAAUCUGAAAUUUAUCAAUAAUUUUUAUCCACCGUAGGGCUAUUAAUUAAAUGAAAUAUACAAUAAUGGUUUCAAGGGGGUUUAACAUGGUUUUCCUAAUUACUUUGAGAACCAACAUUCGAGACUCAGUCCAAUAGUCCAAUCCUUCAAAAUGCAAAUUAAUUUUCUAAAUACAAUUUAUAAAAAAAAUAGUUUUGGCAUUCGGUAAAUUCAUUUCAUGACGCUGUCUAACUGUUAUCUUUUAUCUGACAAAAUUAAGUGCAGAGUAAAUUUUCCAGUAAUUGACCAAAGGUAUGUCGACACAAGAUUACAAAGUCAACUCACAACUCACGAUCUAAAAGUGAUCACCCUAAAAACACAGCGAUUCUCAUACCUUGAAAUUAGUCAUUACUCGCCUCUUUCAAGUGUUAAUGUCUGGAUGACAAAGACGAAUACAUACACAUUUUUAAAAGGACUCUCUUUUGAAGACGAGUUUAAACGGGCAUGAAAUUCCUUAAGAAAAAGAAAGUAUGCGCAGAUUUGUGUUCAGCCACUCUGUGAAGCCAAAUGAUUCAAAUUAAAUGUAGAAGAAAGUUAUUUAAUUUUAGUGUCGUUAAUAUUGAAAACUAUUUUUUACAGAUGGGAAUGAGAGUAAAAAGAAAGUCUUGAAUAUUAAUCUAAAAAAAAGAGAUAUGUGGAAACUGCAGCAGCAAAGUCAUAAGGUCAAACUUAAGAACUUUUGUUUGCAUUUUAUGAACUAAUCGAUUCCAGUUCAAUAUCGAUGUUUGUGACAUGUUUUACGUUUUAGAUCCAGGUGUUUAGCCCUGACCAAAUGCCUCCACCUGGAAGCAACAACGUCAUAUCCGCCUACACUUCCGUCACAUAUACUGAAACAGUGCCUGACCAAGAGCUUUACGGAACACUGAAGUUCACGGGGACAUACCCAUUCCCAGGACAAAACUUGACAUUACCUGCAAGUGGCCUGUUGCCCAUAGAUAUUGAUGUACCGAAAAAUGCCACAUCAAUCAACAUCAAGGUAGAGAACCGUCUCACACUCGACUCAACUAAUUAAUUUUUUUAUCUGAAAUUCUCAACCACCUCGCCUUCCUUAUCCCAUCUCAGACAUUUUUUUUUUCCAUUUAAGAAUAAAAAACAUGAAUAUUUUACCAAGUUUUCUUUAGCAAACAAUAAUGGAAGGACUUUUUUUUUGUUCAUUGUUUCCGCUUCAUGCUCUAGAAGAGUUAACGACUAUAACAAGUCGGUCCAUGCAUUCAUGUGGGACUGUCAACAUUUUUUUUUUUUUUUUUUUUUUAGUUCAGCCCAGCGUUUUUUGUUUUGGUCACGGCUGAACAAAAAAACAGCUGCUGAAAAAAAAUAUUUCCUUUUCCAUACAUACAUUUUUGUGCUAUGCAUUCAUGUGGGACUGUCAACAUUUUUUUUUUUUUUUUUUUUAGUUCAGCACAGCGUUUUUUGCUUUGGUCACGGCUGAACAGAAAAACAGCUGCUGAAAAGAAAUAUUUCCUUUUCCAUACAUACAUUGUUGAGCACUCGGUACAAAUUUGAACCAUUUAUUUCUUAGUUUUAAGGUGGCCAACAUUUUAAAACUUGCGCUGUAAUAGUUCAUGGCGUAUGUUUUUAGAUGGGAAAAAAAAAGUUGAGUUUUUUUGGAGUACUACGGAGAGUGAAGGGUACACUCGUCUUUGUAGCAUAACUAUAAUUCUUAAUCAGGUAACUUUUUCCAGGUGACUUUUGGCUCCGUUUCUGUCACAAAGAAUGUGUACAGGACGUACUCAAAGAGUCUCAACUACAUUCAGCUGUCACUGUUGGAUAAGAACGUAAAGGUAUGUUAUUAAGAACUGGAUUUCUGAGUGUGAUAGUUUGUGAACGAAAUAGCUGUUGAUUCGAUCAUGUGACCAGUUUUCUGGGGGGGGGGGUCAUCUGUGAGAGGUCGGCUUUGGAAUGGUUGAUUAACAAAUAAGUUGUUUGAAUGCCGUGGGCACGACGGUCAGGCGGUUAGUAUGUGGGGUUAUCUGAGUCAUAUUUGGUAUUUGAGUUGUCGUUAAAAGAGUGUUUCCGGGACAGUCGAUUCCUGUUGAGGAGCUAUGCUAGUUGAUCCUUUGAUGUUUAUGGCUUAUGAUAUCGUUUUGUGUAGUAUGAUAUCAUUUUGUGUACUAUGGUAUUAUUUUGCGUACUUUAUCAUUUCCUUUAUAUCAUUUUGUGUACUGUGUGAAUAAAGAAGAAUAAAAUCGUACAGUUCGUCAGUUUUCGUAAUCAUUUAGAAACCGUAUGUGGCAGAAAACCCCCAAGAUUUAAUUGGUCCAAAGAACUGCUGAGAACUGCUGUUAUAGGGGGAGCUCAUGGCAUUUGCUAUUUACAUAAUGGAUUGGAUGGAAAGAAAAUGUUAAUACCUAAUUACAUUUGCGGAUAAAAUAAAAAAAAGUCCUUAAAUUUAUGAACUUAAUUUUGUUUUCUGGAUUCAUUUUAUAUCAUCACAAUGAAACAUGUUUGAGAAUGAAAUGACUUUGGGGACAUGUGACUUGGUGCCAUUUUUUUUAAUGCAUUUCAUUUGAAGACGAUUUCAAUUUAUAUGUUUAAAUAUCUUUUAUUAGGAUAUUUUUAAAAUAAAAAAAAGUGUUUAAAUUUAAAAAAAUAAAUAUUUGUUUCUUUUACAAAUGAGGGCUGACGAGUAAAUCAAGGUUCAUCUUUGAAAGAAUGCGAUUCAAAUUUGCAUAAAUUGAAAUAUAUUCAACCAGGGACUCAGAAAAUUUAGCACAGGCUGUGUUUAGAUUUUGGUCUAACUCAAUGUCAAUUGACAUGGCGGUAUCAUAUAUUUGUAAUCACUGUUACUUUUCACAUUACAUUUAAUUUCUACAGUCAGGCGAUGACGUAAGAGUGAAUGUUGUUGGUACUGAACCUCUACGUAAAUUGACUUAUGAGGUGAGACUCAUGUAACUGAUAGCUUUUUAAAUUAAAAUUUUUAGCACGUUGUAAUAUAUCUUUUGAAAAAAAAAAUGAAAAUGUGCUUAACUGCUUGAGCGAAUCAUUGAAAUCAAAUCUUACUGAGAACAACAAUUUGCGUCUCUUUUCUCUGUCAUUAAAAAAAUCAAUCCGAUAUUGUUUAGAUCAGGCCUGCACAACUCAAAAUGUAAAACUUUAUAUGAAAAACUUGUGCGGGCCAAAAGAUAGUAGGACAGGACUUGUGCGGGCCAAAAGAAAAUAGGAUAGGACAUGUGCGGGCCAAAAGAAAAUAGGACAGGGGUAAAGCUAUCAAGGAAGUAUUAAAGAAUAAAGAUUAUUUUGUUACUUCGUAGGCCACAAAGUGGGUGCUGGCGGGCCGUAUGUUGUGCAGGCCUAGUUUAGUUGAAUCGAAAGAUAAAAAGAGGUGAUGAAACAUACGUCGCGUGAUAACGCCACCGUCUGACGAAAGUUACAUGUAUAUCGUAUGGAGUCUCAAUAGUGGUUACAAUAACUUUGUAUAGCGUAACCUACACAACAAAAAAUCGUACCCGAACAAGGAAAUAUUUGAAUAAAUGAAGAUCGAUAUUUUAAAUCGGUAUCAAAAUGUGUGGCAUUGUGGCAAUUAGUAGAUAAAUAUCGUAUUAAGAAUCUUUAACAAGUUUGACCCACGGGAACAGAUUAUUGUACUAUUGUACCAAUGUACAAAUAAAGAUAACACUUGUUCACAUUUUGAUUUCCUAAUGCGAGUAAUUUUUUCCACUUUUUACAUGUUAAAUAAAAAUAUGUAAAUCGUCAAUACAAAUUAUGGAUCUUCAAACAUAUUUAGGUCCUAUCCAGAGGUUCCAUCUUAAACACUGGACGACUAGAUGGGAAGGGUGACAAAGAAUUUACUUUCACACUGAAUGUGACUUCCUCAAUGGCGCCAACCGCCCAUCUUGUUGUCUACUACGACAGGAACAAUGAUGAAAUAGUGGCAGACAGUCUGGCGUUUAAUGUGGAUGGACUUUUUGAUAAUAAGGUAUUACCUUUACAUGAGGUAAAAUAAUAUUUUUCAAGUACGUCUGGAACCAUGAUUAGGAGAUGAAAAGUUUGAAACCGUGUUGGAUUUUCAGAAUAUGUAGCUAUUUCCAAUAUGAAAGUGUUCCUCAAAACGUACUAUUAUGGCUUAGCAAGAGAGGUAACUUUUGGAAAAUAGUUCAUUUUAUAUAAAAAAAAAAUCAAUUACAACUUUUUUAAAAGCAUUAAAAGAAUCAGUUUACUUUUCUAAAAGUUUUUAUUUUUGUUUUGGGUAAUAUAUCUCAUAUUUACCUAUGCCUGUAUGUUAUAAAUAUUCAUAAGGUAUAAGGUAAUUAUUUCAAGAAAAACGAUUAAUUUUUGUUUUGUUAAAAUGCCCCCCCCCCAACCCAAUUUUUGACAUAAUUUAAAUAUUUUCGGCUGGUGUUGGCUCGGAAAUUUGAAAUUCCGUUCUAUUUUCUAUUUCAAAUUUCGAUGUUAUUUCUCGAAUACCAACUUUUGCUACCUCUGAUUGUCAUCCAGGUUUCCAUAGCGUUCGGUACCAACGAGACACAGCCCGGUGAUGAGGUUGAUGUCGUUCUGACCGCCGACCCGAAGUCCCGAGUUCACAUCCUGGCCAUUGAUCAGAGCGUGCUGUUGCUUAAAAUCGGAAAUGACAUCACACCUGAAAAGGUAAAUAAUUUGCGCAUCCCCAUUUUUUUUCCUCUUUAGAAAUUUCUAAUAAUAAGUGAAACUAAAAUAUAAAUCUGGCUGUCCAAUGAGUAGCGAACAUUGCAAAUAAAUUAUGAGCCAUGAGAAAAUAAUAAUGCAGUUUGACCGUUAGGCCGGCCAUGAAAGCUUAAGGAUAUUUUCAAGUGAAGACCAACCAUUAUGUGGUGUCCUGAACAAAAUCAACUCAAUGUCCUAAUGUAGCUAGAACUUUUCGUGUAUUAUCACACGGAUACACGUUCAAAACUGUGAUCCAUAACAAUUUCUUCUGCUUAAUGUUCUUCAAUAUUAACUUGCAAACUUUGUAUAAACAACAUUAUUGUUAUCGCGCGAAAAGUUGGGACAGCUUACAAGUAAUUCGGGUUACAACAUUUAAACUUUUUUUUUUACGCAUCCGCAUUAAAGAUAAUUUCAUUUGCAUAAAUCGAACAGACAUCAAAAGUACUUUAACACCAUGCAUUUUUUAUGCUAGACAUUUGAAUUGUAAAAAAAUGUUUUUAUCGUGUUCUUUCAAGUAUUAGAUGAACACCUUGAUAACAAUUGGAAUAAUUCUUUAUGCUUACAGGCCGAUCUCAAAACAACAUAAUAAUUUAAGAGUGUAUGUUUAUGAUAAUUUAAUAUUGUUUAGUGUGAUUAAACACACCAUAAUCCUAUGAAGCUGGUGAUGUCUUCCAGGUGAAAAAUGCCCUAUCGGCCUACGACAAAGGGAAAGCGCCAACAGACUCAGAGUCAGCCUUGUCUUAUAGUGCGAAGACUUCGUCAGAACUAUUUGAUGUAAGUCUAUGACGCAUUCUUUAAAAAUAGCAUUUCUCCUAAUUUUGUUUCAGUUCUGCUAUUUUUUACUUUUAAUGGGAUCGUAUAAUAAGCGGGUUUAGUUUUAUUACUUGCAUUACAUAUUAAAUUUGGAUUUAAAUGUCAAUACGCAAUAGUUUCGGUAUUUCGGCUUUUUCAACGACAAAAAUCCAUGUUAAUUUUUUAUAAAAAUUAAAGGUUUCAAUUUUCUCACAAAUUUUUUCAAACAUGCACGACAUUACAUUAAUUUUGAAAGGUUAUUACUAAUUACUAGUAUAUAUAGAUAAAUAAAUAAGUAUAUAUAUAUAUAUAUAUAUAUAUAUAUUAAUAUAUAUAGUUCGUCAGAGGGUAACAUUUGGGGUUAAACCCAUGAAUGAAAGUGAUUUCCAUAUAUUUAAAUUUCAAGUAAUCUUAAUUUUCAAUUGAAAAAGAAUUUUUUUUUAACGAUUGACUUACGUUGAGCCGUCCAGCUCACUUCCAAACGUUUAUUUUGUUAAUCAAUAACAUAUUUUUUUACUUUGUUAUCAUGAACGCUCUUUCCAGGAACAUUCUUAUGUCAUUGAUUCUACCUAAUUCGUUUCUAGAACAUGGAUCUUGGCAUCAUUACAGAUCUAACACUCAUCAACCCAGAGCGAGGUAAUUCAUUUUAUAGGUAUUUCUAAAAAUUGGAAUCAAUCAAGUUUUUUUUAUUGAAGUCGUCUCGUGUUUUCAGUUUAAUUAACAGCGAUUGGUGUAAAGUAGAAAACCACUCCAUUCUUCGCUUGCAUGAAGUAUAGUCUACGGAUUUGUAUGGGCGCUUAAGGAAGGGCAUCAAAAUGAAAUUAAUAACUUGAAGUAACAAUGAAUAUAACAAGCUUUGCUAAAUCAAAAAAAAAAAAAAAAAAUGGAUUUCGUAAUGGUUAACAUGAAAAAUGGUAUCUUACCGUUAUCAUCAUACACAGCUACUUAGACAAGGUUGAGGUUGACAAUGAUCAUAAACCACUCCAUUCUUCGCUUGCAUGAAGUAUAGUCUACGGAUUUGUAUGGGCGCUUAAGGAAGGGGAUCAAAAUGAAAUUAAUAACUUGAAGUAACAAUGAAUAUAACAAGCUUUGCUAAAUCAAAAAAAAAAAAAAAAAUGGAUUUCGUAAUGGUUAACAUGAAAAAUGGUAUCUUACCGUUAUCAUCAUACACAGCUACUUAGACAAGGUUGAGGUUGACAAUGAUCAAAUUGAUGCCACUGCUGCUUAGAAAUGUACAGGGAAAAAAAGUAAAAUUUUUAUCCAUUUUAUGUCACAAUUCUCAGAUUAUCAAUACUAAGACAUUUGAAUAUAUUUCACCUCUUUUUCUCUGCAUUGCGAUUUUUACAUUCUCUACAUUCUCUACUAAGACAUUUGAAUAUAUUUCACCUCUUUCUCUCUGCAUUGCGAUUUUUACAUUAUCUACUAAGAAAUUUGAAUAUAUUUCAUUUCUUUCUCUCUGCAUUGCGAUUCUCAGAUUCUCAGAUUAUCCAUUAAGAAAUCUGAAUAUAUUUCACCCCUUUCUCUAUGUAUUGUGAUUCUCAGAUUAUCCAUUAAGAAAUUUGAAUAUAUUUCACCUCUUUCUCUCUGCAUGUGCGCACUUGUUAAAAGAUGAUACUGAUAGAAAUUACGGUAAGUUAAAUUUCAAUUUACUUUGUACUUUUUCUGUCUACCAAACCCACGAAUUUUAUAAUGUAAUAAUUACACCCAUCCCUUAGAACAGCGAUUCUCAACCUGUCAGUCGCAACCCUCAUGGGGGGUCGAACGACCCUUUCACAUGGAUCGCCUAGCCCAUCGGAAAACGCAUAUUUAUUAAGUAGCAACGGAAAUAAUUUUAUGGUCUGGGAUCCCCACAACAAGGGGAAAUGUGUUGAAGGGUCGUUGCCUAAAGAAGCUUGAGAACCGCUGCCUUAGAAUAAUCAAAUUAGGCAGCGUCCUCUUUGUAACAACCUGGGCUUAAAAACACGGCUUACAUUUAAAUGAAAUUAACAAGUAGGUCUACUUGUAAAGUGAUUGUUGAAUGUAUGGUAUUAUCGUUUUGUUUGUACUGUGAAUGGGAAAAAUAUUUGCAUACGAUUCCCAGUUUUCAUUCACAACCCUCAACACAUGAUUCUCACGGUCCAAUGACAACACUCAUCACACGAUUCUCACAGUUCAUUCACAACUCUCAACACAAGAUUCUCAAGGUCAAAUCACAACUCUCAUCGCACGAUUCUCACGGGCCAGUGACAACCCUCAUCACACGAUUCUCACGAAUCAUUCACAACUCUCAUCAGACGAUACGCACAGUUCAUUCACAACUCUCAUCAUACAAUUCUCACGGUCCAUUCAAAACUCUCAUCACACGAUUCUCACGGUCCAUUCAAAAUACCCUCAUUUUCGUAGAAAAUAUUCUGCCAACAUGCUUUUUACAAACACACAUCUUAUCAGCAGACUGAUGGCUGAAGCAAAAGAUCAACGUCCAACUCAGUGCAUGACGCAUGACGCCGGGCCAGCUUGGCGUAUUGCACAUUUGAAACAAUAUUUCGCAUGUCUGAUCCUGCGUAAUCCAUUAAAGCACACACACAUUUAAUAAACACGCUACAAUUGAAAUAAUCUUUUCAUGGUUCAGAGAAGUGUCGGCACUUUCUAUUUUAAUAAAAUGAAUCCUACUUCCGGCAAAAUAAAAAGGAAAUCUCUAAAUUUUGUUGCUGCACUCUGUUACUUGUCUUACUUCUUUUGGUCUUGUUUGCUGAAGAAUGCUCUAGGCUGGAACGUCUUAAUCUUAUUGUUCAGUCUAUCAAUUUAUGCUUAACAAAUUAAAUACCUUGUUCUCAUACUUUAUACUCAAUGACACCAUAUUUAAGCACAUCUUCCAGCAUCUGGUUUUAUACACAACUGGAAUUAUUUUUUUGAGAGGCUUUACAACUGUAUUUUGUAAUAAAUACAAUUGGGAUAAGUAGGCAUAACUUAUUUUUUUUAAACCGAUCCCAGGGAGAGUGAAAUGGUAGAAUGUCGCUUUGAAUAAAGGUGGUGUGGACAUCAACAGUAAUUAAUUUAAGCAUGUUCAAAAGUAGAUUUCUGCAAUGAAGUUUUAAGUAACAAUAAUAGAAUUCCUUGAUUAUUGUAGGUAAAUUUUUGGGAAGAAGUUUAAUGCAAGAUUCUUAUGGGGCCCUCUCGAGCGAUGAUUCUAUUUUGGAAGAUUAUGUUGAAGACUCACAAGGUGCAAGCUCGAAUCUUCAGGUUGUUGAAAAAGUUCGUCAAUUUUUUCCUGAAACUUGGAUAUGGAAUAGCUCUGAAAUCGGGUAAGUAGAUCAUUGUACAGGUGAUAGGUUAGUUGAUCAUUGUUUUGGUGAUGUGUACGUUGAUCAUUGUAUUGGUUGUCAAAUAUUUCUUUGUCUAAAUGUCCUAUGAUGCUGGCAAGUUUUUAGAUGGCAAACGUUAGAUGUCUAAUAUUCCGAUGGCGUGUAAUCUAUGGUUACAACUUGGACCAGUUCGGUUCAAACAACACUGAAGGUUCUUGGCACAUACGGCGCUUUAUUUUGGACAGAACUAAAACAUCAUCUUGGUUCACAUUGAAAAAAAUUGAGACAUGAAUCCAUAUGCAGAGCAAUGUUCUGGUCAGGCAAAAAACUCCCACAGCCAAUCUAUCUAAAAAUAUUAAAAAAUACUAAUCCUCUCUGUCGCUCGAUCUAUCUCACACGGACUCUCUAGCUCCCUAGUUCACUCUCACGCUCGUCAUCGUUGUCUCCCCUUUUAUCACCCAACUCGUUCACAUCACCCAAUUGUCACAACAUCACAACUAACACGUUACAUCGGAUUUCAUGAAUUCGACACUGGUGAUCGAUACGUGGAUCAUUGGAUGGUGAUGGAUACCUUGAUCAUUGGAUUGGUGAUGGAUACGUUGAUCAUUGGAUUGGUGAUGGAUACGUUGAUCAUUGGAUUGGUGAUGGAUACGUUGAUCAUUGGAUUGGUGAUGGAUACGUUGAUCAUUGGAUUGGUGAUGGAUACGUUGACCAUUGGAUUGGUGAUGGAUACGUUGAUCAUUGGAUUGGUGAUGGAUACGUUGUUCUUUGUAAUGGUGAUGGAAGAGGGAAUAUGAUAGCAUGGGAAACAAGAUCUGCUUUAUUCUGUUGAGUUUGCUUUUCAUAUUUCUUGUUUCUCACCCUUCGUGUAGGGAACCCCGUUCUUCAAUAAUUUUAGUUUAUUUUAAAUGAAAUAGUGAACAAAUACUUCAAACGUUUUCUACAAAGUUAUUUAAUUUAAAAAGAAUUAUAAUAAUUAUGACCCUUUGAAGACUGGGUCCUAUUGGUAUAUAAUUAUUUUCAUUGAAUGAGCAGAUAGCUGCUUCCUAUUGAAUAAUAGUUACCUUUUGAGAUAUAUUUAGCAAUGUGAAAAUGUGUAAUGUAAUUAUUAUUUGCACGUAUAGUUUUCAGUGUUACCUUUUAUGCCUGAAUAGCUUUUAAAUCUAACUUCAGUAAUAUUCAUGAUGGUGUAACUUAUUUCUACCUCCGCUAAACAGCAUGAACAAAUCGCGUGUGUACAUAUUUCUUUAAUUUAAGCUUCUGAUCUUCAUUGCCGUAAGCCGAGUGAGAGUGAUUGGUUGGUGGCUUACAGUUGUUAGAAUGCAGAAGCGAGGUCUCGAGAACUAUAGCUUUUCAGCUUUUUCAUUUGUCCCGAGUGUAUGGUAGACAGAAUUAAAAGAAAGAAAAGGUUAAGAAAGGAAAAGAGAGGACAAUUUAAAGUGCCCAGAAAGACUGCGAAAUGACUUAGAACUGAUGUCGCCUACAGUAAGCCAUCUAUUAAUUCAGUAUUAGCAGGUCGCAACGAACCCGUCUGAUAUAGGACAUAGGCCACACAAGGAAACAAUACAGUCAACGUCACACGUAGUUAUGGUAUGGCCACUCGGCAUUCACGCAUGGCCGAGCAAGAGAUUAGGGCCAAGCACACAGCGUCAAGCUACAAAAGAUUAUAUGCUGUUAAUUUUCAUUCCUAAAAUUUUAAUCAUUUUUUUUUAAAAAUCUAAGUUCUUUUAUUGAUCCAUCCAGUUUUUACUAUUUUUUUUAAAGACUAAAACUAUCAUAAAUAUAACGUGUACCAUAUUUACUUGCUUUAAAACAUUAAAAAAAAAUCAUUUUCCGUGUUUGUUUUUAUAGUAAAACAGCCCCCCCCCCCUCACACACACGCACAUCCUUUUUUUUAAAGUUUAAACUUCUGUAUACAAGUGGUCUAUUAUAUUUAAUGUACGCACCAUUUUGUUUGCUUUGAAGCGCACACCUUACCAUUGUUGCAUGAUAUGUUUAUUAACUAAAUUAGAACACGAAAAUGUGUGAUUUAAAACUCUCCAUAAAAUUCUUUUGUUACAAGUGGUACUUGUGGAUGUAUUUUUCCCGAGAUAUCAUUUGAUUAAUAAUGUGUAAUAUCACGUUACAGGGAACCUUUUUUUAUGGGGAGGGGGGGAAUUGAGAAAAAAAAGGUGGGGGGGGGGGUUAAACAGUUAUUAAAGGCUAUACCACAGGCGUGAACGUAAAUCUUCUAUUGUGAAUGAAAUCGAUCUUUUGUUUUCUUCAUUUUAACAGCUUCGAGAUAUCAUUUGAUUAAUAAUGUGUAAUAUCACGUUACAGGGAACCUUUUUUUAUGGGGAGGGGGGGAAUUGAGAAAAAAAAGGUGGGGGGGGGGUUAAACAGUUAUUAAAGGCUAUACCACAGGCGUGAACGUAAAUCUUCUAUUGUGAAUGAAAUCGAUCUUUUGUUUUCUUCAUUUUAACAGCUCCGAUGGAAAGGCCAUUCUAAAAACUACAGUACCGGACACCAUCACAUCAUGGGUAGCAAGCGCUUUCGCUACCAACAUGCUGACAGGUCUUGGCGUUGCACCAACUACAUCAAUGGUGAGGAAGUCUCACCUUUUUAUUCUAAGUCGCUAGUUUCAUUUCAUUUUUAUUGAUUUCAAGCAACCAGGAGGUUGUUAAAUUAGGUUAUUUCAGUCAACAUGCUCAUGAUGGUCACACGCAAACACUGAAAAGCAAAUCGAUUUUAUUAGUAUCUAGAGAUUCGCUGGAGCAUAGAGCACCCACAGUAAAUAUUUGCUUUUAUAUUUAAGAUUUGGAAAAAUAUUUAAAGCAAUUUAAUUUAUUGCUAGAAGAAUGCAACCAGAAUAUCAUACGAUGCUAAUAGAUUGAUAUACCAAACAUGUGCGUACAAUUUUAAUAUGUGCGUACACUCUAAAUAGGUGAGUACAACUUAUAUAUGAGUUUUUGUAGAGCAGUUGAAAUUAAAGUAUGGAGUAAACUAAAUUUCUCCUUAUUUUCUCCGACAGCUCCGGGUCUUCAAGUCUUUCUUUGUGAGCCUAAACUACCCCCGGUCUGUUGUGCGCAAUGAACAGUUUGUGGUGCAGGCGACAGUCUUCAAUUACCUGAGGGAAGAUCUCACGGUAAGGAGCAAACACGUUUAUUCAAAAGUCGAAGGACAAAAACCCAGCAAACUGAACUCAUGCAUUGUGUUUUCAAUACCGAUUAAAAUGGCUGGGCAUUAUGUUAUGGUGUUUGUAUUUUUGUGUUAAUCUAAUGAACAAACUUUGUGGAUGAUAUUGGUGUAGUCAUGUUUCUCCAGGUGAAUGUAUUUUUGUACGUAUGAUUCUAAGAAGACAGAGAUACAGGGCGCUCUAAAGCGCAAUAAUAAUGUUUGUUUGUUUGUUUGUUAGUGAACUUAAGUUUUUGAAAAUCAUGCAGCAUAUCUCAGCGAUUCGCCUGGCUUGAUCAAAUGAAGUUGUCAUUAUUAUAAUUAUUUAAAUACGUGUUGUCUACUUAAGAGGGUGUCAGUCUGAAACGUUGAUUUUAAUAUGUUGUCAAGAUUUACUUUUAUCUUUUCGUUGACAAAGCGGAAAAUUUAUACUACCACAGGAGUUGUCUAAACAAUUUAGAAGUUUUUAUGUUUUUUUUUCAAAAUCCUACUUUAAAAAAUCUACAAUAUCUUUCAGGUCAAAGUGACAUUAAAAAAUCAGGAAAAGUUCAAGAGUGUAAAGAUCUCUAAGGAUGGAACUGAGAGUUUAGUGACUGGAAACCAAGAAAUUUUUGUCACGGUAAGGUCUUCUUCUUUUAAUGCCUCCUUCGUUAAUCUAAUGUACUUGACAUUGCAUUGCUCUUUAAAAUCAUUUUUACAAUGUUGCUUGGUGGGGAAGAUGAUUUUUCUGAUUACGUCUAAACCAGUUUAACGUAAAAAAAAAGCGUGUCAGUUUGAUUGUUUGCCCAGCGAAGCAGAAAGACGUGCACUUUGGUAUUCUUCUUCCGUGAAAAUAUACGAUUAAAAGGUGUAGAAAAUGGAACACGUGUCAGAAAAUUUAUUUUAUUUUUAAAUCUAUUUACACAUGAAUUUUUAAAAAAUAAGUUGCUACAGAUGGUUGGCUGAAUAACUAUAUGCAGCUUCCUGUGAACUGUUACGAAUCCAAUUUUUUUUUUUACGACUAUUUGAAAGAGAAACAUUUACUUAACAAAAAAAAAUAUAUAUAUUUUUUUGUGCAGGUCAAAACCGAUAAACAAGCUGUGGCUUACUUCCCCAUCUUGGCCACAACACUGGGUCUAGUGGACAUUGAAGUAACGGCACAGACAACGAUAGCAGCGGACGGUGUGAGCAGACAGAUUGUGGUCAAGGUAAUUAAUUGGUGUCACUUAAUGUGGCAUAAACUCCGUGACAGCCGAUCCCAAGCCAGAGUAGAAACGGAGGCAUGUUAAAGUGAGGGUAGAGGCAGGUUAACGUGACGGUAGACGCAGGUUAACGUGAGGGUAGAGGCGGGUUAACGUGAGGCCGGAGGAGGGUUAACUUGAGGCUGGAGGUGGGUUAACGUUAAGCCCGGAGGCAGGUUUACGUGAGGACGGCUACCUCACAGGGUAAAAAUGGAGGCAGGUUAACAUGUGGCCGGAGGCAGGUUAACAUGUGGCCGGAGGCAGGUUAACAUGUGGCCGGAGGCAGGUUAGCGGUUUGGACGGCUACCUCAUUGGGUAGAAAAGGAGGCGGGUUAACGUGAAGUUAAGUCAACUGCAGAAAAAAAGCAGCACGAAAGGGAAACAUGAAUGAGCUCUGUAGUAUAACAAAAAGCUCUUAGUAAGAUGCAAAACGAUUUAGGGAACGGUUGAAGACAAUGAGAGUAGAUCUAUGACUGAAAGAAGAACACAACAAGAAAGAUUGGUAGAAUAACUUGAGAAAUGACCACACAGACCUUCACCCACAGACACACCAGUUUUACAACCAGCGAGUGAAGAUUUACAAAUGGAAGACACUUACCCUAACAUGGAAGAAAUAGUCCAGACCAUCAAGCAGCUUAAUAUUUGGAAAACACCUUGACCGAAUAAUAUUUGAAAUGAUAUGGGAAGAUUAGAAUAUUCCUAAAAAUUUCAACGCAUGAAAUAACAUUAAGAUACCAAAGAAAGGGCAUCCCAGCAAUGUGCAGCACUAACGGCAAAACAAUCCUACUCUAUGGAGCCGAAACUUGGAAAACAACAUCCAGCGUCACACAGAAAGUGUAGACCUUCGUGGUUUUUCUAUCUUCCUUUGUUUGAACCAUCCCUACUGAUAUUUAUUCAUUGUUUUUUUUUUCUAUUUCCCCACAGCCCGAAGGCGCCCCAGUCAACUAUAAUGUACCCGUUUUCGUCAACCUUCAAAACACAUCUUCACAACUGUUUGAAAGAAACAUCUCAUUCACACUCCCUGCAUCUGUUGUCGACGGUUCCGAGAACUCGAGGGUAAAAGCCACAGGUAAGAAAUAGACGUUUUGGAUGUUUGCUGUGGAGAUGACUUUUACGAUUCUUGUUAAACUAUACAAAACUAGUACGGCUAUCUUUGUCAAAUACUCCCCUGAACCUAAACGAUUCUUUUGUGUUUGUCCUUAUGUGGCAAUACAAAUGUUAACGUUUCGGCAAAUGCCUUCAUCAGUAAAAUGAAUAAAUAAAAUCAUUUAAGUGUAAAUUAAAUUUACACAACAUAUAUACAUGUAUCCUAUCUCAAUGUUAGAGAAAAGAAUAAGAGUGGGUGCAGCCGUGCAAGUCCCUGAAAUAAGAAACAGUCCAGAAGAACGGAUAGUAAGUGGGUGGGUUAAAAUUUGAAAACUUAACAUUAAAAAAAAGAAAUGUCAGAUUUGUAAAAUUGUUAAUUUAGUUUAUACCAUGAUGGAUUCAACGUACCAAACCUUGUUAAUUUUAUUUAUUUGCUAUAUAAAUUCUAUCCGGUAUGUUACUUGCAUACAGUACACCAGUAACUGCAGUUUCUAUUAUUCCAUAUUGGUUAACGCUGUUGACAUGUUGUUGUUUUUGUACUGAUGAAGGCAUUUGCCCAAAACGUUUACAUUUGUAUUGCCACAAACAACGAAUCGUUUAGGUUAAGAUAAGAGCAUUUGACAAAAGUUAGCUGUACCAAUAUUGUUUACAUUUGUUCUCUGUAUGAUCAUUAUUAAAGCUGUUGUACUUACAUCGUUUUAUUUACACAAAUUGUCUGCGUCUAAUUAAUAUGCUUGAAAGCUUCAUCGCAGUCCAACACUCUUAUAUGUUGUUAAUUAAAUGACAGCGGCUGAUAUUCAACUUUUCUUUUUCUCUCUUACUUUAUAUCGACUCAUUUCAGAGGUAAAACAGAGAUAUUAUUUUUUAAAGCUUUGAAUAUGAUAGUCUUUUUUAGUUCCAAUCAACAAGGGACAUUUUUAGAAAAUAAUUUUUUUGUAUCGAUGAUUUUUUUUUUUGAAAAACAAUAUGUUACUUCUUGACAACAGACCACCCGAUACAAUUGAAGGGAAACUAUUAUUUUUGUCGCUAUCUUCAAACGUUUCAAAAACAGGAGAUUUGAUUGGUUCGAGUCUGAGCAGCUUGACGUCACUCAUCACUCUUCCCACUGGUUGUGGCGAGCAGGUAAUGGUCAAACUAGCCCCUGUCCUACACGUCUCCCAGUACCUCAACGCUUCCGGUCAGCUGACCGACGUGUUGAAAAGAGAAAUACUCGAGUCUUUAGAAGAAGGUGAGAUCUCGUCAUAAACCAACAGCGUUUGAUUAUUUUGUGCAUUGUUUACAACUGUUAGAAUGAUAACAAUGACAUCACCCCAGAAUAGAGACCAAAAUUCAAACGUGAAUUAUAAAUCAGCCAAAAGUAAUAUUGCAUGGCAAAAGAGCCUGUCGAACUGGCCAGCAAUAAAUAAAUUAUUUGGCUACGUGGAAAGCAUAAAGAGCACAACGGUGUAAAAAGCAGCCCUGAGGGUCAUCCACUGCACCCCAGCCUUUCUCCCAGUCAUCUAGUCUUUCUACUGAAUCAAAAAUGCAAGGACGAGAGUGUGAUACUGACGAAUUGCUCAACUCUCCAUUAGUUUAAGCAUACUACAGCACAGGUCAAGGCUCAACUCCCACUGGAACCUUGGUAUGCUAUUUAAAAAAAAAUUCGUUCUUACAUGGCAAUGCAUUGCAUCAUAGGAUACAUAUAGAUGAAUGUUUUAAUGCAGCAUUUAUUUUGAUUGAAACUGAAUCGUUCUUAUAUACUCGAGUUACUUUAAAACGCUGUUAAAAAUAUUGACAUAUGGCUUGAUAUUUAGCAACAAAAUUUGGAUGUCCCGGGACUCAUUUUGGUGUCCCUGAGCCAAUGUCAAUGUCCCUGUGCAAGUGUUGCUGUCCCUAUACUCAAAUUGCGAUGAUCUUCACUACGCUCCACCAGUUCCCUUGGUUACUAUCACCAUGCCAGUCCUUGCGACAUCCACUAAGAUUAAAUUAACACUCCUCACUGAUAAAAACAAAUGAUUUUUUUUUUAAAAUGGUGAAAUUAAAUCUUUCAUAACCAUUUCCGCUGCUUUCACACUUUAUAAUAACAGGCUAUCAACGGAUACUCACUUAUAAACGGUACGAUAAUGGAUUCAGUCCCUUUGGCAACUACGAUAAGAGUGGUAGCACAUGGUAAGUCCUUCACGUUUCAGUGUUGAUAAUACUCUAGGCUUUUCUCAUCCUUGAACAGAUUUAGAAAUGAUGGACACAGUUUUGGAAGAAUUCAACAUUAAAAAGGACAAGAGAAUCAUUUUAUUAUUGUUUUUAUAUCCUUUUUAAAAUGACAGAUUCUGAUGCUUUAGGUAUUGCUGUACCCUGGUGUUCAGUGGGCGUGCAAAAUAAAAUCCCACGAAGUCAGCACCAAUUGGGAUUCUUAUAAAGUUCGUUACUUUAAAAUGCAUGGUUUGUCAAGUAACCUUAGUAGAUUGGGAAGUUAACGUCUUUUCGGUCACCGUUUACAGACGGGUUAUUUCUAGUUUUAGAGAAAACGGGAAACAUUGUAGGAUGGCGUAGAAUUUAAAAAAAAAAAAAGAAUUAAUUACUUUCUUUCUAUGAUUCGAUAAAAAAGGCAUUCUGCUAUUACCGCUACUUAUUGUCCGCUACAAAUAAAAAUACAUUUAAAUAGUUAAAAUUAAUGUCCACAUAUUUUAUGUUGUUUAAAAGCCUUCAUUAUAUGUUAGAUGGUUACUAAACGUAUGCUGGGUAUAAACGCAUGACUAAAAUCAAUACACCACUGUUAGCUGGAAUAAGAGUGUAGAAAAUUACGAGUGUUUUUUAAAAAUAAAAAUGUAAUUGAAAUACACACAAAAUGAAAAUAAAAACACAUUACAUUGCAGUAUAAUUAUCUGCUUUGAUACAAUUUUUUUUCUUUGUAACAACAAUAUCGAAAACGAUUGCAGUAAUUAUUUAUGUUGUAAUUUCUGUUUUUGAAAAGCGCUAGUAGAGGAGAGAAGAUUCAAGUUAGAAGACGAUACAUUAUUUGUUUAAAAAAAAUACAGAGAAAACAAAAAAAGAAAAGAAUUAAUAAAGCUUUGAAACGUUUAAGAAAUCAUCAAAUUAUUAUAUGACAGUUUGAGAAGUUGUUAACCACAUGGGUUAAUUUUUUUUAUCAGGCUGACGGCUUUCACGUCCAGGAUUCUCUCCGAGGCUCGUGAAUACAUCUACGUCGACCCAUUUUUGCUCAUCAGAUCCAACAAAUGGAUGAUAGACAGGCAAAACUUGGACGGAUCGUUCAAUGAGUUCGGCAAGAUCCUGGAUAGAAACACUCAGGUACGUUGAAUGAUGCGAGUGCUCAAGUACUUACGUGUGUUCACCGUCUAGUCUCCAGUUAUAACAUCACGUGAUUGAGUUGGGAACCUAUCAGUGUUAAAUCAAAAUCAGACUGUGUAUUGGUUACGUCAAAUAACAAUUACUGAUUGAAGUUCUUUAAAAGGUUGUUUUGACAACCCCAUCCCCCCCGGGCAACACAUAAUGGAUACGAGCGUGGGGUCAUAUUCUUAAUUGCGAUUCUUCGUGAUAUGCCCAUACGAAAACUCAGUUAGCGCUUCCAUCAAUAUCCAAAGUUUAAAAAAUAAUUAUUAUCCUGAUCACCGGUUAUUGUUCUAAAAAUACACUUGGUGUUAAUCAUCAUCCGGGCGCUUAUUUAUCCAAAAGAAAUUAAGAACGUCUCCUUAUAGUCCUAUGUGGUGAAUACAUUGUUCAGCCGUCAAACGAAAAAAAAAGUAAUCACAUUUUAAUAACUUCAGUAUCAUUCAUUUGAUAAAAAAAAUGCUUGUUUUAAAUGCAUUUUUUUUUGUACAGGGAACAGGUACUGGGCCUUCACUGACAGCGUUUGUGCUGCUUAGCUUGCUGGAAGCCAAAGAUUUAUUCAUACAGGUGAUUUAAUUGAGAACAGUCUUGUAUCUAUUGUUGGUCCAAUGCAGCAUUGAAUAUUCACAAAGUCUGCACACGAGUUACUUUCAAUAUUGCAUUUUUGUGAUCAGGCUUUUCUAUGACCAGUCACAUGUUCAAAAACAACUCAAUUGGACUACAGCGACUAAGAUGCUUUUGAAAAUUUCUAUGCAUAUACAUUUUUGAGCGUUUACAAUCUUCGAAAGGAUUGUAAACUUUUAUAAUUAUUUAUGAACCAAUAUAAAUAAAUAAAUAAAGAUAUAUAUAUAUAUAUAUAUAUAUAUAUAUAUAACUUGCUGGCCGCGCAAUAUGUCUGAUAAAGGAAUAUUGCUCAUUACAGCGACUAAGAUGCUUUUGAAAAUUUCUAUGCAUAUACAUUUUUGAGCGUUUACAAUCUUCGAAAGGAUUGUAAACUUUUAUAAUUAUUUAUGAAACAAUAUAAAUAAAUAAAUAAAGAUAUAUAUAUAUAUAUAUAUAUAUAUAUAUAUAACUUGCUGGCCGCGCAAUAUGUCUGAUAAAGGAAUAUUGCUCAACAUAAUGUAGACUGAGAGUAAAAUAAUAAUUGUGAAAGGGAAGAAUCAUGACUGUAAAUCUGAAAUUCUGGGAGUAAUUUGUGAGUAGAGUAAAGACAUCCUCCUUGGACCGCUAUUGAAAGUACUUAAUUGUAUUUUUUGCAGUUUUGGGGGAAAAUGAGUUUAAAGAUUUUAAAAAGUAUUUAAAAACAUCAAAUAUUGUUUAAAAAAGCUACUGGAGUUAACUCUGAAUGAAACACUCAUGCACAUUUUUCAACAAUGAUAUUUAUAAGAAUGACUCAGGGGAUGUAAACAAAUAAACUUCCAGGUUUAACUCAUUCUUGAAAAAUUGUAACGGGGUACUUUUUCUACUCAGCCCUUCUAGUUUUUGCGAUUAAUUCAUAACUCCAAAAGAAGAAGAAAAAAAAAACAACAACAAUGAUAUCUAUAUAAGUUGAAAUAUAAUAUAUUAAGUGAACCAGUCGCUUCACUUUCUACAACAUAAUGCUACUCGUAUUUUUGCUCAAUAUUUGUAAUCUUAAACAGCGUUUAUGAUUUGGUCAUGCAUACGUGAGUUUACUUGAGAUUAAAAAAAUAGAUUGUGCAAUUGGAUUUCAUGUACUCAUGGUAAUAUAAAAUAAUUAUGAUUACAUUAAGAGACAAACCAGGAAUAGCUGUACUUCUUUAUAAGCCUUUAAAAUCCUAGCAUUCAUUCUUGGAUACAACAUAAAACUCAACAUCCCAUGAGAUCUGAAAUCCUUUACUUAGAAAUGUUUAAUCAGGGCAUGAUAAUAGUUUGCAAACAGAUGUGUUCAACAUGUGAACUGCUAAUAAUCGUCUUUAAUCUUAUGUGAUCCUAGCCUUCCUGUCCGACAGUCUACGUCUGUAGAGAUUUCUAUCUCUGGGGAAAUGCCACCAUGAAAGCUCAGUCAAACUUAGAAAAUUUAGUAGCCAGCAAUGCUAUCGAGGAGAAGUUCUCUCUCGCCGUGGUCAGCUACGCGCUCAGUAAGGCGAAGAGCCCUGCAGCCAAGAGAGUUUUUGACAAGCUUCUGGCGUUUUCCAAGAAUGAAGGUAAUCAAAGAAUAAACGAACGCACAAUGAUUUCAAGUCACUGUCAUGAGUAAUCACCGUGUUCAAUAAACGCUUGCUUAGGGAACUGACUUACUCUAAACUAAAAUGAGUGAAGUCCACUCAAAAGUCUGAAACUGGAUCAUCACACGCCACAGGUCUUUUCAAUACAAAAAAAAAUAAAUGAUAAUAAUAAUACUUAAACAGUUGUAAUUCGUUCAACAAAAAAUGUUUAAAAAAAAGACUCAUGUUUUUUUUGGACCUAUUUUUUUAUGAAACAAUCUUUAUUUUUUAAAAAUUUGAAUACGAAACAAAACUCAACCAUUCAAAUGGACUAAGUUGUAUCUUUUAUCACAUACUGUCGUAGGCUAUAUACGAUUUGGAACUUAUGAAGUGUUAUAUUGGGGGGGGGGGGGGGGGGAUUUUCUUGAAAAAAUUUCCUGUAAAAAAUAUUACUGCUGUUCCAUCUACUUAACUAAUGAGCAAUUUUUAAAAAAAAGACUCUUAAAAAUACGACAGGGAACAUUUUGUACUGGCAAGCCAACAGCACUGUUACCGACGCCGUACAAGCGAGGUAUGGACAGUGGCGCCCUCCUAGAAUUCAGGCCCGGCCCAUCGAUAUUUUGAUAACGUCCUACGCCAUCUUGACCUUCACGGAACUAGGUCGCCUUGACGAGGCCCUGCCCGCCGUCCGAUGGUUGACCGCACAACGUAAUGCCCAGGGCGGGUUCUCCUCCACUCAGGUAUGUUUGCCGCAAGCGACAUAAUUUUCUCUGCGGGUAGAAACUGAUUCUAAAUAAAAUGAUAAUAUAUAUAUAUAUAAAAAAACAAAAAAAACCAAGGGUUCACUUUUGAUUGCAAAUAGCACCGAGGGCUCUGGUCAGCAUGUCUAUUAUGGCAUGCUCACUAAAGAGGCUCUGCCGCCGACCCCCUUAGCGUUACCCGGGGAACAUAACCACCAUUGCAUGUUCCUGCGUUGGCAGACAAAUGGCAUGCAUGGUAUCUGCCGAAAUUAUAGCAAGUAUAGUGUUAACUUUAGCCUCUGCAGCUGAAUUGACGGGUAGAAACAGGGAAGGGAUCAUGAUUACUAUGUUUCCGUUGACGGAUAUGAGGCGUGAGGCGUGUAGUGGCAGCCUCAUGUUAAAAUCCCAUAAACACAGCCUGUGAAGAGGCUGUUGUUAGGCAGACGGUUUCGUCCCAGUCACUCGGUGAACUACACAUGAGGUAGAAAUGUGCUGGAGAAAACCCUUUCUCCUUGAUGGGCAGAGGAGAUAAUGGUAUUUAAAAUAUACCACACCGACCCCUGGGUAUGUCGGUUCGUGGUGUUGUGAGAGCCACACUAUUGAUUGACCGGAUGUGCUUAGGCUGACAGAUGGCCCCUGUAAAGCAAGUCAGUCGAGUGAAGUUAAGGGCGGGGCGCUUCCUCAGCAGGAGGAGAUCUACAACGUGCCGUUCCUCUGGCCGAUAGCUAAGAGACUUUUCGGGGCCGAGGGGAUGCUUUGGGGAUGGCAGUAAGAGCAUUGUCUCGACGGCUCGCUGACGCCAUUUCUCAAUGUACAUAUUUAAAAGAUAAUUUUUUCAAAAAAGUAAAUUUGCUUUAAACGCAAUUUUAAACAUUAUAUAUAACCUAUAGAAAUUAAAAUUGAACGUAUAAAAUUUAAAAGCAACAAUACACUUCAUCUAAAUAUCUCCAUUGUGUACAAUGUGAAGAAAACAGUUCAUUAUACUGUAAGGCAGCGGUUAUCUCCCUGUGGGUCGCGACCCCAUUGGGGGUCGAACGACCUUGUCACAGGGGUCACCUAAGACCAUCGGAAAACACAUAUACUCUACAGCUAUGCAGUAGCAACGAAAAUAAUUUUUUUUGUAUGGGUCACCACAACAUGAGGAACUGUAUUAAAGGGUCGUGGCAUAAGGAAUGCUGAGAACCACUGCUGUAAGGCAUACAGCUGUCCCCAUUUCUUAAGGUUAACAUUCAUAAAGAUGUUGGCAGACAACGAUUUCCAUGUCAGUGAAUAAAUAUCCUAAAUGUUAUCACACAUUUCUAAGACUGAUUUCCCUGACGCUUGCAUACACGUGUGUUGGUAAUUAAGUUUUUGUUCAUGUGUAUACUUUUAUUAUUAUUUUUAUUCAUGGUCAAACAAGGACACGGUAGUUGGACUCCAGGCUCUCUCAUCGUACGCCUCCAAGUCCCUGAGGCCCGACACACAACUCAACAUCCAAGUGACUGGGCCCUCCGUAUUGGCCGCAUUCAAUGUGACCAGAGACAAUGCCUUGUCCCUCCAGAUAAAACAGGUACGCACUUUAGAGAAUAACAUGAUUUUCAUCUUUUAAAUUUAAAAAUAACAUAUCUUUAUACCUAUUUCAUAUGUUAGAUUUUUAGUUUGAAAUAUUUGGUAAAGAAGUAUGCAGGAGGGAAAAAUUGGUUACUGGUAUAAGUUGGAAAAAAAAAUCUUACAGCUCAGAAGCUUCUCUUGAAUUCUCAAUGAAUAAAACAAAAGACACGUUUAAUUAAAACAGUAUUGAUAGUCUUAAUUUAAAAGACCAAAUAAACGUUUCAGAAUGUUUCGCUAAUGCUUUCAACAGAACAACAAAAGCAUAUACAAGUGCAUGCCUUUAAAUGUUACAUAAUACACAUAUAAUUAUAUUUAACUUUUAAGUAAGUGAAAGGGAAAAAAAAAAGAAAAGUGUGGGACAAGUCCCUCCCAUAGGUAAACAUCGAAAGGAGAGAAAGCAUGAAGGAAAUAGAUCUUCUAAAUUUUAAUUACAGUCAUGGACAUGAUCCAAAUAAAGUAUGUGAUUACAUUCAAUAUUGUGGGAGUGACCCCGCUGAACUAUUCACCAUGGCGCCAUCUGGCAACAAGCUCCUACAGUUUGGCAGUGCUAUAUAAAAUAAAAUAUCGGCAUUUACAUUCACUUCAUUUUUUAAAAAUGUAUUUCUACAGCUAUCUGGUGCCCCUAAAGAAUUUGUGAUAGGUGCCACAGGAAAUGGCAUUGCCCUGGUAGACGUAAGUCCACACAAAGAUGUAGAUAGUGCUAGCCCUAAGAAUUGAGUAAAAUUACACAUAGUCUCAAUCCAAACUCAUAAUCCGAGAAUAAAACAAGUGAUUUGUCUUCCCUUUUUUUCCUUCUUAUAUGCUCACAUUGUUUUUAGAUUGAUUAUCGAUUCAAUGUCAACGAAGAGUUAGCUACACCCUCAUUUGACGUCAAUACUAUACUGUUGGAUGAUAAGCUGGACUUGUUCAAUCUUAUGAUUUGUACUAAGUACGUGUUUUUAUGAUUUGUACUAAGUACUUGUUUUUAAUGCUUUAUUUUUUUUAAAAAAUGCUUUUUAUACCCUCGAAAGGUGUGCAGAAAUUUUGCUCUAGAUAUCAGAAUGUAGCUGGGCCAGGUGGUGGAAAUGAGAAAAAAAAUAUAAUGAAGCCUGCAAAUUAAUCUGUGAAUAAAAUUAGUUUGUUUUAUUGCAAUGACCUAUAUCACUGUUUUCAGAUUAUUAUUUCUUCCCAGGGGAUACAUCGUCUAACAUUGUCCCCAUGGCUAUUGAGCUCAAAUAACGUUAAGUUAAUGUGCAAAGUAUUGAAAAAGGAUAAAAACAUUUUUUAGGGAGGCCUUUAAAUUGUUUGAACGUAAUUCUCAGAUGGCUGCUGCAACGAGAAACCGGUAUGGUGGUGCAGGAGAUCAGCAUUCCUUCCGGGUUCAAGCCAGAUCUGUCUUCACUGGGCGCAGUGGCUGGUCUGAGGAGGUCCGAGAGGCAGGGAGAUGUCGUGGCCAUCUAUUUCGAUAAGGUCUGGCGUUGGCUGGUUUUAUUCAACCACUUCAGGGUUGUUUUCAAUCAUGAUUUUCGAAUACAUGUAUUCACUGUUCAGAUUGAUAUUAGUAUUAGUCAGUCUUUUAUUUUUUUUUUGGACAUAUACUGCGUUAAUUUCUGUAUUCAUCCCUUUAAAUUGUUCUUACUUAGUCGACCAGAUCACACCAUUCAUUAUUCCAUUACUGUUUUUGUUAGAAAUUAUAACUAUUAUUUACUUCGAUAUAUUUGUUUUAUACGUGGUUAAAAAUGCACUUAUGCCGAAACUCAAUAAAUUACAUCACUAAUCGAUAAUUUGAUUGAUUAGGAGUAACAUAAGUAGCAGUUAGUUUAAAUAAAUCUUUAUUAGUUCCAAGACAAUUAAAGAAAAAAAAUUAUACUAUAUGUAUUUAUAUAUAUAUAUAUUACAUAUAUAAUAUCAUUUAAUUUUGUACCAGAUUGGCAGUACAUCACUGUGUUAUAGCGUAAAAAUGAUUCGCGAAUCCAAGGUUGCCAGAUCACAACCAAGCUACGUUAGAACAUUCGGUUACUAUGACCCAGGUAGGUGGGCAUUGUCAAAAAUAAUAUACCACCGUAUUUAUUCAAGAAUAAAGACACACACUAGGCGUCAGUUCACACGAUCAAAUGUGCUUCAAAUUUCGCGUCAUAUUUGUGUGUGAACGCAUUAUUUUGUGCCUUUUUUUGUGGACAAUAAAUGGGAAUUUUAUCAAAUAGUAAUUUGAAAGUUGUGACAAG